UUGUGCUGCUGUGGCGGCGUGAUGGAAAAGCAAAGCAGGUGGUCGGAGCAGCGCUCCGAGCAGCGCUCCGAGCAGCGCACCGAGCAGCACACUGAGCGACGAGAACAUCUCGUGCAGCAGCAGGAGCGCGUACAGCGCACCGAGCACCACUACACGCAUCAGAUGCUCACUCAGCAACGAUUGGAGAGUGCUGGUGACCGCAUCCCAAUUACUUCUGGAAGACCAGGGGAUCCUUCUCCGCCGAUUUUUGAACAAAUAUUUAAAAAUGCGAGAUUUGCUCAAGGUGGCAAUGCAAAAUUUGAAGGAAAACUUAGAGGUAAUCCUACACCAGCAGUUUCAUGGACGAGAAAGAAGGCACCUUUAGUAGAAUGCAACAAAUAUAGCAUGAAUUAUAACGAACAGACUGGUGAUGUCUCAUUGCUUAUAAAGCAAAUUGGUCCUGGUGACGAAGGCGAAUAUACAUGCACAGCGCGUAACCAAUAUGGUGAGGCGAUAUGUUCAGUAUACAUACAACCAGAAGGUGUUCCAGUUCCAGCACAUCAAAACUCACAACAACAAUGUUACCGGCAUGUCAGUGAAAGUGUCGAACAUAAAUCCUAUGGUACUCAAGGAUAUAACACAGAACAAACUCGUCAGACUCAGAAAAUGACUUAUACAAAUGGAACCGACUAUUCUUCUACCGAAGACUUUAAAGUUGAUACUUUUGAAUAUAGACUGUUAAGAGAAGUCUCAUUCCGAGAAUCAAUUACUCGUCGUUAUGUAGGGGAAAGUGAUAUACAUAUUAAUACAGAAAUUGACAAAACCCUAGGAGGUGUAUCCCCACCAAAAAUAGGACAAAAACCAAGAAAUUCUAAACUACAGGCUGGAAUGGACGCGCAGUUCCAAGUACAACUAUCUGGUAAUCCAAGACCGAGAGUCACGUGGUUUAAGAAUGGACAAAGAAUAACGAAUUCAAGCAAACAUGACAUAGUUACGAAUAAAACUCAAACGACACUUAGAGUAAGAAAUACACAAAAGUCUGAUGCAGGUCAUUACACAUUACUCGCAGAAAACCCUAAUGGUUGUAUUGUUACGACAGCAUACCUUGCCGUCGAAUCUCCUACAGAGACAUAUGUACAAGACCAAAAAGCACAAUAUAUUAUGGAUACACAACAAACAGGUAUAGAAGAAAGGGUUGAAAUUAGCGAAAAAGCUCUCGCUCCGCAAUUUGUAAGAGUUUGCCAAGACAGAGAUGUAACAGAGGGCAAGAUGACGCGAUUCGAUUGCCGCGUCACAGGCAGACCUUACCCAGAAGUCACGUGGUUCAUUAAUGAUAGACAGAUUCGGGACGAUUAUAAUCAUAAGAUUUUAGUAAACGAAUCCGGAAAUCACGCUCUUAUGAUUACAAAUGUCGAUCUUAGUGACAGUGGUGUAGUUACAUGUGUGGCGCGAAAUAAAAGUGGUGAAACGUCGUUUCAAUGUAGAUUAAAUGUAAUUGAAAAGGAGCAAGUAGUGGCUCCUAAAUUUGUUGAACGUUUCAGCACUUUGAGUGUUCGUGAAGGUGAACCUGUAGUGCUAAAUGCACGUGCGGUUGGCACACCUACACCUCGGAUCACAUGGCAGAAGGAUGGCGUAGCGAUUAUACCCAAUCCAGAAUUACGAAUUAAUACCGAAGGUGGGGCCUCGACGCUGGACAUUCCGCGAGCCAAGGCGUCGGAUGCGGCAUGGUACCAGUGUACGGCCCAGAACGUCGCAGGCUCCACCGCCACUCGGGCUAGGCUCUAUGUUGAAGUUCCAAAAGAGCCGCCGCCUGAACAAAAGCGUUUGCACUUACCUCGACCAACAAAAAUUAUUGAGCCAGAACCUGCUCCUGGACCUGAAAUUAUAUACUUAAGACACGUAGAAAGAGCACGACCGUACAUUCCUCCAGGCGAGGAAGAUCGAAUUUACCCUCCACCACAGUUUAUUAUUCCACUUAAGAGUGUUACGCAGAUGGAGGGUGGGAAAAUUCAUUUUGAAACUAGAAUAGAACCUGUAGGCGACCCGUCUAUGAAAAUUGAAUGGUUAAAAAAUGGACAGAGUAUCGAAGCCAGUUCUAGGUUUACUUCUGUUUUCCGAUUUGGCUAUAUAUCUUUAGAUAUGCUUAGUCUCAAUAUCCAGGAUAGCGGGGAAUAUACAUGCCGAGCCGUUAGCGCAACAGGCGUUGCUGAAACAAAAGCCAUGUUGCAUGUUACGCCAAGGGCAAUUAUCGAAAGAACAAGCCAACAUCCAGAAAGCUUACAAUACAUACAACAGCUGGAAGACUACUCAAAGUUUCAGCGUCAAGAAACAAUUGAGGAACAAAUCUCACAACGGCCUCAAUUCAUAAAGCCCUUACAAGACCUUGGCGAGCUUCAAGAGGGCAGAAAUGCUCACUUCGAAGCGCAACUUACUCCCGUAAGUGAUCCUACCAUGAGAGUUGAAUGGUAUAAAGAUGGUAGGCCAAUCACAGCCAGUUCGCGAAUCACGUCAAUCUUCAACUUCGGUUACGUCUCCCUUAACAUCAUGCACCUACGGGCUGAAGAUGCAGGUUCGUAUACUGUCAGGGCUGUGAAUAAGCUUGGUGAAGCCGUCAGUACAGCAUCAAUUAAGGUAGCAGCUAGGAGUACAGUUACUUCAGAUCUCGGCAUACCAGAACAAAGAAGAUAUAUAGAAAAAACAGAACAACUAGAAGCAUAUCAACAACAACAGUAUCAGAAAUAUUAUCAGGAAAUACCCGAAAGUACCCAACGACCUGAAUUUAAAACCCCUAUAAAAGAUCAAAUCAAUAUUAAAGAAGGAGGAUUUGCUCAUUUUGAGGCUCGAUUAGAGCCGGUGGGAGAUUCUACUCUAAAAGUAGAAUGGUUAAAGGAUGGACGUCCUGUUGAAGCGAGUUCCAGAAUCACCACUUUCUUUAACUUUGGGUACGUUGCGCUUACAAUAAAGUCUGUGACUAUCCAUGACGCAGGUCAUUACACAUGUCGCGCAUAUAACGCUCUUGGUCAAGCUUCAACUAGUGCUAAUCUAAGUAUAAUAACAAAGAAAGAUAUAAUAGCUGAAUCACAACAUCCAGGUGGUUUAGAAAAAAUUCAGUAUUUAGAAGAUUCUAGCAAGUACUCCAGACGAGUAGAAGAGGAGUUGAAAAUUACACAAAAGCCAAGAUUUUUAGGUCCAUUAAAAGGUACAAAUAAAAUCGUGGAAGGACAAAGUGCGCACUUUGAAGCUAGAGUUGAGCCACAGAGUGACCUUACUAUGACAGUUGAAUGGUAUUUUAAUGGGAAAUUAAUAAAAACUGCUAACCGCAUUCAAAGCUACCAUGAUUUUGGAUAUGUUGCAUUAGAUAUAGCAGGAGUCAGAUCGGAUGAUACUGGAGUUUAUACUGUUGUAGCGAGGAAUGCGGCUGGCGAAGCACAAUUGAGUGCAUCAAUGACAGUUGAAACUCGAUCAAGUAUCGAUACAUCAAGUAUUCAUCGUGGCUUAUAUGAAAAGACUAGACAUAUUGAAGAAUCUAAGUUUGUAGAACCAAUGUAUCAUAUAGAGGAAAUUUCAAAAUCCAAACCUAUAUUUAUACAGCCACUGUCAGAUCCGCAACCGGUUUCUGAAGGAAAGAAUAUUCAUUUAGAAUGCCGUUUAGAACCUAUGGGUGAUCCAACUAUGAGAGUUGAAUGGUUUCAUAAUGGGAGAGCUGUUACAGUGGGAUCUCGCUUUAGAACUUAUUAUGAUUUCGGUUUCGUCGCCUUAGAUAUUAUUCAUGCUACAUCUGCAGAUUCAGGAGAAUACACAGUAAGGGCAGUAAAUCAUUUGGGUUCUGCACAUACUUCCGCAAUGGUACGAGUAAUAGAAAGAUCAGAUAUAGUUACAGAUACUCAAAAUGAACAAGCUUUUGAGCAGAUACAAAUACUAGAAGAUUCUGCACGAAGAAUGAAACAACAACAAGAAGAUAUAACGGUAAUGCAAGCACCACAAUUUUCACGAGCACUGCAUAAUAUUGAAACAGUUGAAGGUACUAAUGUGCACUUGGAAUGCAGAUUGCAACCGGUUGGAGAUCCUUCCAUGAGAGUUGAAUGGUUUUGCAAUGGUAGACCAAUAAAGACGGGGCACAGAUUUAGACCGGCCUAUGAAUUUGAUUACGUUGCUCUUGACCUUUUAAGUGUCUACCCUGAAGAUUCUGGUGUAUAUACUUGUCAAGCCACAAACCAGCUUGGAGAAGCAGUAACUUCAUGUGCUUUACGCGUAUUAGCGAAAAAGGAUUUAAUUUUUGACUCACAACACCCUUCUGGUUUGGAAAAAAUCCAAUAUUUAGAAGACGCUUCACGUUACAAAAAAUCUGAGGUAAUUGAUGAAUCUUAUAACAUUAAACCUCAUUUUGUUACCAAACCAAAAUCCAUUGAAAAUGUAAAAGAGGGUCAACAUGUUCACUUUGAAUGUAAACUUGAACCAGUUACAGAUCCUAAUUUAAAAGUAGAAUGGUUCAAGAACGGCCAGCCUGUAACUAUAGGCCACAGAUUCAGGCCUAUACAUGAUUUUGGGUAUGUAGCCCUAGAUAUUAUUGAUUUAAUUGCAGAAGAUUCUGGUAUUUAUACAUGCAGAGCAGUUAAUAUUAUUGGUAGUGAUGAAGUAAGCUGCAAACUAUCUUGUCGAAGUACCGCUGAUAUUAUUCGGGCUACUCAAAAUGAAGCUGGCUUAGAACAGAUUCAAGUUUUGGAGGAUAGAUCUAAAUUUUCCAGAACUGACUUCGUAGACGAAGUUACAACGCAAGCACCUAUAUUUACAACAUCUCUGAAAAAUAUUGAAAUAAAAGAAGGACAAAGAGCUCAUUUUGAAUGCCGCUUAAUACCUGUGUCAGAUCCAACGAUGAAAGUUGAGUGGUAUCACAAUAAUAAACCUUUGAAAAGUGGUUCACGAUUUACUGAAACUAAUAACUUUGGUUUUGUGGCUCUUGACAUCAUGUCUUGCUUACCAGAAGAUUCCGGUACGUACACUUGCCGGGCUAUAAAUGCUUUAGGUGAAGCCGUGACUUCAGGAAAUGCAGUAGUGCAUUCCAAAAAAUCGAUUUAUUUAGAAUCACAACACGAAGGGGCUCUCCCUAGACUGAAUCAAUUAGAAACUUCAAGGCAUCAAAAGCCAUUAGCACAGGAUGAAUUUACAACUCAGGCACCAGUAUUCACGAUGCCAAUGAAAGACAUACGGGUAGCUGAAAAUCAGGCUGUGCACUUCGAAGCAAGACUCAUACCCGUCGGUGACCCAAAACUGCGUGUAGAAUGGUUACGAAAUGGUGUGCCCAUUACAGCCUCUAAUCGUAUUACUACCAUGCACGAUUUUGGAUAUGUUGCUCUUAAUAUGAAAUAUGUAAACCCUGAAGAUUCAGGUACAUAUACAUGCCGAGCAGUUAAUGAAUUAGGAGAAGCAGUAACAUCAUCGACUCUCUUUGUGCAAUCCAAAGCAUCUCUGCAACUUGAAUCACAACACGAGACCGCAUUAGAAAAAAUCCAGCAAUUAGAAGAUGCCACGCGUUAUCAGCGUAGAGAAGAUGUCGAAGUUACUGUUAAUCAAGCACCUCGAUUCGUGACUCAUUUGAAUGGUCCGACAAAACUAAUCGAAGGACAAAGUGCGCACUAUGAAUGCCGCAUUGAACCAUAUCCUGAUCCAAAUAUGCGCGUUGAAUGGUACUUCAACGGGAAAGUUCUGCAAAGUGGCCAUCGUUAUCGUAGUGCUUAUGAUUUCGGAUUUGCAGCUUUGGAUAUUCUUACGGUUUACGGUGAAGAUUCUGGUGAAUACACUUGCAAAGUUAUUAAUAACUUAGGGCAAGCAGCAUCAACAAUUAAACUAAAUGUUCAAUCCAAGGAAUCAAUAAUUAGAGACACACAACAUGAAAGUGCGCUUGAAAAAAUUCAGUAUUUGGAAGAUGACUCCAGAUAUAAACGAGUUACCCAUGAGGAGAGUUUUAUUGCUGAAAAGCCCCAAUUCGGAAAACCUAUUAAAAACGCGGAAGUGCCCGAAGGCCAACCAGUACAUUUAGAAGCUACCUUAACGCCAGUUAAUGAUCCAACUAUGCGAAUUGAAUGGUACUGUAACGGAAAGCCAAUACAACAAGGACAUAGAUUUAAGACUACUUAUGACUUUGGAUAUGUGGCUUUGGAUAUUUUGUAUGCUUAUGCGGAAGAUACUGGGACGUACAUGUGUAAAGCUACGAACGCAGUCGGUGAAGCUAUUACGACAAGUUCUGUGAAAGUUGAUGCUAAGAAAUCUUUAUACUUGGAUACUCUGGAUGAGCAAAGGUUAAAGAAAAUCCAAGAGCUUGAAAGAUACGAGAGACCUAAGCCAGUAGAAGAAGAGCAGCCAGGUCAAAGACCAGUGUUCUUAACUGCUUUGACAAAUCUUGAGAACCUUAAAGAAGGUGAUCGUGCUCACUUUGAAUGUAGAGUUGAGCCUAUAAAUGAUCCUGAUCUUAAGAUCGAAUGGUUCCUCAAUGGCCAAAGAAUCAAAACUGGUCAUAGAUACAGAACUACACAUGAUUUUGGUUAUGUCGCAUUAGAUAUAUUAUAUACAUACAGUGAGGAUUCUGGCACAUAUAUGUGCAAAGCAUCAAACAAACUUGGUGAAGCAGUUAACACAUGCACGUUAAAGGUUGCAGGGCACAGAAACAUUAUUUUGGACACUCAGCAUCCAAAUGGGCUCGAGAAAAUAAGACAAUUGGAAGCACAAGGUCAUCCAGCUAGAAUAGAAGUAGAAGAGCCCAAAAUUUCACCACCCCGGUUCGUUACUGAACUGCGAGGAACAACACACGUUUAUGAAGGCCAAACUGCUCACUUUGAAUGUCAGGUUGAGCCUGUACAUGAUCCUAAUUUAAGAAUUGAAUUUUACCACAAUGGCAAAGCCUUACAAUCUGCAUCACGAUUCCAUAUCACUUUUGAUUUUGGUUAUGUGUCAUUAGAUAUUCAACACUGUGUCCCAGAAGAUGCUGGUGAAUACUCUGUAAAAGCCAUAAAUGCACUGGGUCAGUGUACAUCCGCAAUAUCUAUGACUGUAACUGCAAAAGGUAGUAUUAUAUCGGAAUCUCAGCGUCCAGAAGGGUUAGAGAAAAUCAAAGAAUUGGAAUCUGCUGAACCAUUUAAACGACCUGAAAUUCCUGAACCAGUAACUAGACAGCGACCUGUGUUUACACAGCCACUUCAAAAUAUUGAUAAUAUACAAGAAGGCCAGACAGCGCACUUUGACUGUAGGCUUAUUCCUGUUGGAGAUCCAACACUCAAAGUUGAAUGGUUCCGCAAUGAAAAGCUUAUUGAAGAUAGCUCAAGAAUUACCAAAACUCAUGAUUUUGGAUAUGUAUCUAUGACUAUUACCCACGUACGCGAUGAAGACGAAGGAGUUUAUAUGUGCAGGGCAUCCAACCUAUUAGGAGAAGCUGUGACUACCGCUGCCAUGAGAAUAAAAACUAAAGCAGCUAUUCAAAUGGAAACGCAGCAUCCGGAAGGUAUGAGGAAAAUUCAAAGACUAGAGGAGCCGCAAACUAAAAGGCCAGAAGAACCAGAGCGUGAAUUUGAGAAACCAAUAUUUACACAAGUACUUACUGGUCCUUCAGAAUUAUGGGAAGGGCAACACGCCCAUUAUGAAGCACGUGUUGUUCCUGUUGGUGAUCCAAGCAUGCGUUUCGAGUGGUAUAUAAAUGGAGUGGAACUCAAAAUGGGUUCGAGGUUCCGCACAACACAUGACUUUGGUUUUAUUACCUUAGACAUAAACUCUGUUGUUUCGGAAGAUGCUGGUUUAUAUAUGUGCAAAGCAAUAAAUAAAGCUGGUAGUACAGUAUCUUCAACUUCACUUAAAGUAAAGACAAAAUCUACAAUAGUAGAUUCGACUAUGAGACCAGAGUCGUGGGAACAGAUUCAAUUAAAGGAAGCAGCUAUGAACAAAGUUCCAGAAAUGUUUAUCGAUUCGGGAGUGCAACAAGCGCCUAUUUUCACCACUCACCUGAAAAGUUACGAUAAGUUAGUGGAAGGACAACAUGUAUACCUAGAAGCUCAAGUGGAACCACGAACUGAUCCUAAUUUGAGGAUUGAGUGGUUUAAAAAUGGAGUUUCUUUAACUACUGGUUCUAGGUUGAAGAGCACAUUUGACUUUGGACUAGUUACUCUUUCUAUAAACUCUUUACGAAUUGAUGAUUCUGGAAUUUAUACGUGCAAAGCUACCAAUUUAAUAGGAGAGGCAGUGUCUACUGCAUCCAUAAAGAUUGAAGACCGUCACUGGCUACUUGGUGAUUCACUUCACCCUGAAUCUUUAGACCGGAUCGGAGCAUUGGAACGACCUAAGCCAGCGAAGCCCGAAACACCGGAGCCUGUAUACGAAGUACCAGUAUUUAUUUCACAUCUAAAUAAUAUUAUUUGUAAAGAAGGUGAUAAUAUUCAUUUUGAAUGCAGCGUUGAACCAUCUAGAGAUCCUACCCUCAAGAUUGAAUGGUUCUUUAACAACAAACCUCUUCCAUCAGGAACGAAAUAUAAAAGUACUCAUGAUUUCAGUUAUGUAGCUUUAGAUAUAACUCACACUUAUGAAGAAGAUUCUGGUAUUUACACUUGUAAAGCAACUAAUUCCAAGGGUUUUGCUACAACUUCGGGAUCAUUAAGAUGUACUGGCGAUAAGAACAUUUAUUUCGACACGCAACAUCCGCAAGGAAAGGCCGGUUUAGAAGCUGUCGAACAAGCUGAAGAAGCUAGGCUUUCUAAGAGCAGAAGAACAUCUCUACCAGAAACUGAAUAUCCAGCACCCGAAUGGGUUGUACCUAUAUCUGCUGAAAAUAAUUUAAUAGAAGGACAGGCACUUCAUCUUGAGGGUCAAGUUGAACCUAAAAAUGAUCCGAACUUAAAAUUAGAAUGGUACUUCAAUGGCAAAGUUUUACAGCAAGGUUCUAGAUUUAAAUUAACCAGCGAUUUCGGAUUUGUUACUUUAGACUUAAUUGACGUUUAUGAAAGAGAUAGUGGUAUUUAUACAUGUAAAGCUUAUAACAAAAAAGGUGAAGCAUUUACGUCUUCCACCGUUUAUUGUACAAGUAAAGAAAAUCUUAUUGAGAAAACUCAGCAUCCUAAAGGUACUGAAGGACUGGAGAAGAUUCAAAACCUUGAAGAUUCUCUUCGCAAGGAGCCUAGUCUUAAACCUGACGAUGACACUGGUAGGCCUCCUGAAUUUACUACGGUUUUCACAGACAUAGUUGACAUAAGUGAAGGUCAAAUUGCUCAUUAUGAGGCUUCCCUCAUACCUACUGGUGAUCAGAGCAUGGUAAUCGAAUGGUUCUAUAAUGGAAAAUCUAUUGAAGCUAGUCAUCGUAUCCGUACUGUGUAUGCCUUUGGAAUGGUUGUUUUAGAAAUCCUCGGUACAAAGACUUCUGACUCUGGUACAUAUUCUUGUCGGGCAACUAACAAGUGGGGUCAAGCUGAAAUAAGCUGCAAAUUAGAUUGUGUUGAUAAAAGUAAGGGACAAAAGCCUCGCUUCACUACACAUAUUCAAAGUAUUGAAGGCCUCAAGGAUGGACAAUCAGCUCAUUUCGAAUGUACAUUAGUGCCAGUUGAUGAUCCAGAUAUGAAAAUAGAAUGGUACCAUAACGGGCAACCAUUGCGACAUUCAACUAGAAUAAAAACAGUUUCAGAUUUUGGAUUCGUCGUUCUUGACAUAGCAUACACCCAAAACCAUGAUACUGGUGAAUACGUCUGUAGAGCCUAUAAUAAAUAUGGCGAAGAUUUCACCAAAGCUACAAUAACAUGUUAUGGUAAAGGUGGCGUUUACUUAGAUAGUUUACAACCUGAUUCGCUUGCUAAAAUUAGGGAGUUGGAGAGUCUUCAAGGAGCACAGCAACAAACACUUCCUGCGACAUCCACAGAACCACCUAAAUUCAUCACUCAAAUUCAAGAUGUAACGAAAAUAGUUGAAGGUCAAAGCGCACACUUUGAGGCAAGAUUAGUGCCGGUUGAUGAUCCAGAUUUAAAGGUUGAAUGGUACUAUAAUGAUAUUUUAUAUUGCUACGAAGAAAAUUCUGGCGAAUACGAAUGUAUUGCAACUAAUAAAUUAGGGCGUGAUUCGACAAAAGCAAGUCUGAAGUGCACAUCAAAGGAGAAUUUAAUUUUGGACUCGCAACUCCCGCGGGGCAUGGAAGGAGGCUUAGAAAAGCUGCAGACACUGGAGGAUUCCAUGAUACGCAAAAAGGAAAUUACUGUAGAUGAACAACGGGGCAAAGCACCCGUAUUUACAGUACCAUUGUCCAAUAUUGAAAACUUGAGAGAAGGAGAAAAUGCACAUUUCGAAGCACGUCUUACGCCAACCGAUGACCCCAACUUAAAGGUGGAAUGGUACUGGAACGGAAAAUCUUUAAAAGCUGGAUCAAGGUUUAGAACGUUUUGUGACUUCGGCUUUGUCAUACUCGAAAUAUCUCCUACGUACCCAGAAGAUUCCGGAGAAUAUUCAUGCAGGGCUUAUAAUAACUAUGGUGAGGCAGUCACUACGGCAACCAUGAAAGUCCAAGGAAAAAGAAACAUCAUUUUAGAAUCGCAACUGCCAAAAGGAAUGGAAGGUACUAUAGAUAAAAUUGCUGCUUUAGAAGGGUAUACUGGUACAGUAGAUUCUUUGACUCCCGAAACUGAAAGUGGCAACCCACCUGAAUUUAUUACUACGCCGUCUGACCUUAUACUAUCGGAAAAUUCUUCAGCACACUUUGAAUGUCGCUUAAUUCCCGUCAACGAUUCCAGCAUGAGAGUUGAAUGGUUCCAUAAUGGUAAACCACUUCUUACGGGUUCUAGAGUAAAAACAAUUAACGAUUUUGGAUUUGUUAUAUUAGAAAUUGGUGGAGUUUAUCAACGCGAUGCUGGUCUUUAUACUUGCAAAGCCACAAAUAGACACGGGGAGGCAACUGUAUCGUGCAAGUUGCAAGUUAAAGGAAGGCAAGGAAUUAUUCUUGAGCCCCAACUUCCAUCUCACUUUAAAUCAGGAACUGAAAGUAUUCAAAAGUUAGAAGAAACAUUAUACAAACGUGAAGAGAUAACUGUGGAGGAUGAAAAACCAAAUCCACCGAGAUUCACAGUGGAAAUUAAAGAUAAUCUUGAUGUGCCUGAAGGUGGACCGAUCCACUUCGACUGUCGGGUCGAACCUGUUGGUGAUCCAACUAUGAGGAUUGAUUGGUUCCACAAUGGAAGGCCGUUUGCUACUGGCUCCCGAGUACACAUGUUAAACGACUUUGGUUUUAUUGCUUUAGAUAUUGAUUACAUUUAUAGUCGGGACGUUGGGGAAUAUACUUGUCGAGCGACUAAUAAGUGGGGAUCAGCUACAACUACAGCAAAAAUAACGUGUAGUACAAAACGAGACAUUGUUCUGGAAUCCCAGUUGCCUCAGGGCAUGAGCGGAGAGAAAAUUAAAGAACUUGAAAGAGGACGCAUUAGUGAUGCUCCUAAAGAAGAACAUGUUGUUAAUACUCCACCAAAAUUCAUAACACAAAUCCAAUCGCAUACUGUUGAGGAAUCAGAAUCUGUACGUUUUGAAUGCCGAGUAGAACCUAAAGAAGAUCCUAAGUUGCGUAUUGAGUGGUACAGAAAUGGGAAAUUGUUACCAUCAGGACAUAGAUAUCGUACCGUAUAUGAUAUGGGUUUCGUUUCCCUUGAUAUAUUGUAUGUCUACGCUGAAGAUUCAGGUGAAUAUGUAUGCCGUGCGAUUAAUGACUUUGGUGAAGACACUACUAAAGCAACAGUAUCAUGUAAACGUUUGCCUGAUAUUAUACUCCAAAAUCAGGUACCCAGAGGUAUGAAAAAGUCGGAAGCUUUAACUCAAAUGGAGGCUACUAUUAAAAAAUACACGUCUGAAGUCUUUCUGACCGAAGACGAUCUAUACGAUGCUGAUAAAAAGCAGCCACCUCGUUUUGUAACACAAAUUCAGAGUCAAACUACUUUAGUGGAGAUGGAAUCAACCAAAUUUGAAUGUCAGCUGGCGCCAGUAGGAGAUCCUAAUAUGAAAGUUGAAUGGUUUUUCAAUGGCAAGCCACUUCUACAUAAAAAUCGAUUUACACCGAUUUAUGAUUUUGGUUACGUUGCAAUGAACUUUGGUUGGGUAUAUCCUGAGGAUAGUGGCGAAUAUCUUUGUCGUGCUACAAAUCUUUAUGGUAUGGAUGAAACGAGAGCUGUAAUUAAGACUGCUGGCAAGCCAGGUAUUGUGUAUGAUUCACAAUUGCCAAAACAUAUGAAGAGUAUUGAGAAAAUUCGAGAGAUGGAAGCAUCAUGGCAAGUAGCGCCGGAGCCAGCAGUUGAAGAAACAAAAGAGCGUUGUGCACCUGUAUUUGUAAGCCGACCUGAACCAGUGACAGUUGAAGAAGGGGAAUGGGCUCGGUUUUGCUGUCGUGUUACCGGCCAUCCUAAGCCGCGUGUUAUGUGGCUUAUAAAUGGAAAUACCAUCGUUAACGGUUCAAGAUACAAACUCACUUAUGACGGAAUGUAUCAUUUGGAUAUACCCAAAACUAGGCAAUACGAUACGGGAAAAAUAGAGGUAAUUGCCAGGAGCUCAGUUGGCGAAGCAGUAGCCACGACCGAAUUAAAAGUAAUUCCGAGACAUGACGAUUACAGAAGUGUUCUUAAAAAUGCACCAAGACCUUGGUACGACGAAACAACACAAUAUCAACGAACUGGAACUGAGCUAGAAAAGACGUUCGAAGAAAGGCAAGUAAUGCAACGACAAGGAGUAAUUGACCAUAGGCCUGAAUUAAAGCCAAAAGUCAUUAAAGAACCCGAAACUGAGUGGCAACAAACGGUCAAAAAGAAGAAAAGUGAAGAAUAUUACAACAAGAUUCAAGAAUUGGAAAACGAGCAAGUCGUAAAGGAAAGCAGAUUGAGAGAAUCCACUCACCAAUAUGCCAUUCCUGGUGAAAAGGUCACGAGUAGCUCUGUUGCAAGGUCAAUGGCCCAGAAAUACGAAGACAAUAUAGAACAAACUGAGGAAGUCGUUGAAAAACACGUACAGAAGAAAACUUUUAAGCCUAGAAUCCCAGAACCAUCUGAGUCUGUAAUUCAUGGCAAGGAGGUUCAUGUGGCUAAACAGAAGCAAAUUCAAAAAGAGGUCGUUGGUGACACUGAAAUCACGCGAAAAAUUAUUUCAACUGAAACUACUGAGGUUGAACAUAAAGGCCAAACUCACGAAAGGGUCGUUGAAGGACCAGUAAAACCUUGUAAGCCACCAGUAUUUACCAAAAAGAUGCAACCUUGCCGCGUUUUUGAACAUGAGCAGGCCAGGUUUGAAGUUGAAUUUGAUGGAGAUCCAUUACCUACUAUUAAAUGGUACAGAGAAAACUUCCCAAUUAAAAAUUCUCCUGACUUUCAAAUUCACACUUUUAGUACGAAAUCUAUAUUAAUAAUCCGACAAGUUUUUGUUGAAGAUUCGGCUGUGUUUGCAGCUGUAGCUGAAAAUAGAGGUGGUACUGCUAAAUGCAGUGCUAAUUUGGUGGUAGAAGAACGAAGGCGUCAGGGAAGAGGUGGAGUCAUUCCUCCAAGUUUUACUCUGACGGCACAAAAUGUUAACGUAACUGCCGGUCAACUCGUUCGUUUUGAUACAAAGGUUACUGGAACUAAGCCGAUAGACGUGUAUUGGCUUAAGAAUGGCAAGAAAGUUCAGCCUGAUAUAAGGAAUAAAAUUUUAGAAGAGGAUGGAACAUACACACUACUUAUACUCGAAGCUUAUCCUCAAGAUUCGGGUAAAUAUGAAUGUGUUGCAAUCAACAGUGCUGGCGAAGCAAGAUGUGAUGCAGAAUGUAUAGUAUCUGCUCCUGCUACCAAAGAAAAACCUAAGCCUCAAACUAAAGUAGCCAAUGCACCUCCUGAAGUUAUUGAACCUCUGAAAGAUAGAGUCGUUACCGAGGGACAAGCAAUAGAAUUUGGAUGUAAAAUAGUUGGUAAACCAACGCCUACAGUGCAAUGGUACAAAGGCGAUAAGUUAAUAAAACCAUCGAAAUACUUCCAAAUGUCUAGGACGGCAGAUGAUUAUACUUUACGCAUAUCUGAAGCGUUCCCUGAAGACGAAGGUGAUUACAAAUGUGUAGCUUAUAAUUCUGCAGGCAGAGUAACCGUAGCAGCGAAGUUGAAGGUUAUCCAACCUGACCAAGCUGAUAAUUUACCCACACUUACUCCUUUACGAGACGUUGUUGUUUACGAAGGUCAACCAGCACAAUUCAAAACACAAAUAACUGGCAAGAUCAAGCCUACGAUCCAAUGGCUUCGUGAGGGAGCACUUAUUCCUGAAACCCCCGACUUUCAGAUGAUUCAUGAAGGUAACAACGCAGUCCUACUUAUCGGUAACACUUAUGAAGAGGAUACUGGAACUUUUACUUGCCGUGCAACAACUGCCGCCGGCCAAGUCGAGACUUCGGCAAAGCUAGUCGUCAAAAAAUCGCAACAAACUGUCACUCGCAAGACCAUUCAUAAAAAAACUAAGUUAGCUGAUAGUGAAGAAGAUGUUAACUUUAUUCAAACCAGUCAGUCGCUAUUUCAAUCUACUGAAGACAGUAAUAUUUUAAAAAUAGGUAAAUAUCAAGAUACUGAGACCAAAAAAAUAACAAAAUCAGUUCCGUGGCGUAAACAAAGCUCAGAAGACAUAAAAACUACAAAGAAUGAAAAUAUAGAAGUUCGAUAUUGGAGGAAACCCCGCGAAGGGGUUAAGGAAAUACAACAUGUUAACGAUGAAUCCUCGAUAAGUACUCAUAAUAUAAGUGAAAUAAUCAAAGAUGAAGUAGCAAAAGUAGAUCUUAAAGGACCUGAAACAUUGGAAAUACGUAAUUGGCGAAAAUCAAAACAUGAAAUGGGAAAACCGAAAUUCUUAGAACGGAAAUCAAGUUCAGAAGUUACUCAAGUAGAAAAAAUUAACUUAAAUGAAAUAAAUUAUAAUGAAGAUACUAAUAUUCCAAUCAGCAACUUAACUAAAUCGAAAAUGGUUGCCAAAAAUGAUGAUUUUUCGAAACGUGAUGAAAUUACGGACAUUGCGGAGUUAAAAACAACCAAAAUUGUUGAAGAAUUUAUCACCCCAGAACGUCAGGAAAAAAAACCUAAAGGAGAUUUUAAUAAGCGAGAUGUAAAAGAUGAUCUACCAUGGACUCAAGAAGCUAUAAAAUUAAGACCUACUAAAAUAGAAAAAGCUCCAAUACCCAAAGAAAAACUAAAUGAAGUGUCUUUACGACAAGUAAGAAAAGGAUCUAUUCAAAAAGUUGAGACUCGUGUAAUUGAAGAAUCGUUAACUUCAGAAGAGAACACUGUAAUUUUAAAAUUGCAUGAUGAAGAAAAGAAUUUACCUGAUGGUACAGAAAAGACAUUUUCUACGAUUAAAGAAGCAAAAUCAGAGACAAAAAGCAUUCAAAUUAUAAAUAAAGGACUCGAAGAACAUUCAAAAGACCAAAAGAUUAUAGUUGAGCGUCAAAAAGUUCAAGAUCAAUUAAAGUCUACUUUGCAAGAUAAACUACCGGAAGAAAAAACAGACAAGCAGGUACCAUGGAGACUCGUUAAGAAAUUACCUAAAGAAAAACAAGUCAGUGAAGAAGUUGUCCUAAAGCCGGUAAUAAAGCCACUUACGGUUGAUGAAAAAGUGCCUGAUAAUCGCGAAACAGUGAUCGAGAUAAAAGAAAAAUCAGUAGUCACUGUUAAAACAGAAGAAGUGCCACAAAAUACGGCACUUACUACUAACAUAGAACAGCCGAAAGAAGUUAUGUUCAUAAAAGAAAAAACCUUAGACGAAACUCAAGUUCAGAAAACACAAUUAGAAAAAGUUCCGUGGCGAAAAAGUAAGAAACGCCCGGAUAGUGAAUCAAUCACUGAAGAAGUUAUAUUGAAGCCUUCCCAAACCACUGGGAAAAAACUUGAGGAACCACUAGAAAAGGUCUCUCUUAAACCAGUGCCAAGAGAAAAAGACCGUGAAAUCGACAAGGUAACAGGCAUUAAACUCAAGCCAGUUAAAAAAGGAAUACAGUUUGAAGAGCUAAAACCUGAAAGUAGUGGUCUUGAAGUAAUAAAGUUCAAAAAACCUACUUCUAAAGAUAUUGAAGAUAAAGAACGUCAUUCCCAGCCUAAGAAAGUUACGGAAGAAGUUACUGUUGAGAAAAUUCCUAAACAAAAAAUAUCAGAGGAAAAGCAAUCAGAUAUUAUUAAAUUGAAAGAAUCUUACGAGAAAACAAAAGGUAAAAUAGAACAACAAGUACACACAGCUAUUCUUCAAUCCAUUGAAGAACAGAAAAGUCUAGUAGAGAAAAAACGUGAGCCGGUUGUAACCAUGCAAGAAGAAGUCGGUAAAAAGCCUAAGAAACAUGAUAUUUCGAUAAGCGACUUUGAGGAUAAUGAGAAAAAAGUGGUAUCUAAACAAAAAACACUCGCAACCUAUGAUGAAAACACAAAGAUGGAACCUGCUGUUUUGGAAGAGAAAUUAUUGGACACAACAAAGGAAGACGUAACUGAAAUAAAACAGAGCAAACUCAAGGGGAAGGAGAAAGAUCAGCGAAUUCAAGGAAAACAAGAAAUGGGACCAAUCAUUACUGAACAUUUAAGAGCUAUAAGUAUUGAAAAUAAAAGUAACUUUGAAUUAUUUGUUACAUUUAUAUUGGAAGAAAAAAAUAGUGUAAAAUGGUUUCGUAACGGUUCCCCACUUGAACAAAGUGAUGAUUGUAUAGUAGAAACAAAAUGCAAUAAAUCAAUAUUAAAAAUUAAAAAUGCCGAUAGAAGAAAAGCGGGAAAAUACGAGGUAGUACUUGAAAAUGAUGACGGUGUAAUUGCAAAAUCAGCAUGUUCAGUUAAAAUAAAGAAAUCAUCAGACUUGGAUGAUAUUCAACCACCUGUAUUUAUUAGAUAUCUACGACCGAGGUCGGUAAGAUUAGGAGAAGCAGUUUUGUUGGAGACAGAGGUUUUAUCGUACCCAAUUGCCUCUUUUCAGUGGUUUGUAGGUACCAAAGAUAUAUUAUCAUACAUAAAGGAGCACAAAAUAAAUGAUAUUUAUAUCACAGACAGGGAAAAUGUAUCGUGUCUUUGUAUUGAAAAUAUGAACGAUGAAUUUUUGGAUGUUAUUACAUGUAGAGUUGAGAAUUUUGCGGGAUCAAUUUCUUGUUCUGCUAGUUUGAUAUUGGAAAACAACAAAUUAUUUGACGGUAAACCACCCCAGUUUUUGUUAUGUUUAAAAUCGAUUACCGUCAUGGACGGAGAUCCAAUUGUAUUAACAUGUGAAGUAACUGGAACACCAUGUCCAAAAAUUAUAUGGUAUCGCAAUGGGGAAUUAGUUCAACAUGAAAAAGAUAUAUUAAUUUCUAGAAAGGAAUCUGGAAUGUGUGAAUUAUGCAUUAAAGAAGCGUUUCCAGAAAUGUCAGGAACAUACAGCUGCCAAGCAAUAAAUCAAUUUGGAUCUUGUAGCUGUGAAUGUUUUGUAAACGUAGAAGCGUACGAAUAUGUGCCCAGUGCCUCCGAAGAAGAUGUUUUAAGUGACGAGAAAACAAGUGACUUUGAAGAAUCUACACCGCGGAUUGUAAAAACUUUACCAACAGUUGUUACUGCAACCGAAGGAGAAUUAACAAGGUUAGAGGCUAAAGCCAUAGGAAAUCCAAAACCACAAAUUAGGUGGUUAAAACAUGGAGUAGAAAUAAAGCAAUCACAAGAAUAUCAAAUAGAGGAAUUAGAGGAUGGAACAUCUAUUUUAAUUAUACCGGAAUCAUAUCAAGAUGAUACUGGUGAAAUCACUUUUGAAGCUUACAACUCAUUAGGUGUAACAGCUACUACUGCCGCUUUAUCGGUUGAAAACAUUAUUGGUACUAAGGAUUACAAAAAGCCUGAAUGGGUAAUACACAUGGAAGAGUUGCAAAGUUCAUUAAAAGAGACAAAAUCACCGCCGACUUUCACAAAGAACCUGCAACGACAAUGUGUUAAUGAACACACAUCUGUGGUAUUAGAAGCAUUAUAUUCUGGUAAUCCACGACCAGAUAUACAAUGGUUCAAAGAUGAUAAAAUUAUAAAGUCGGACAAGAACAUUACAAUUGAAAAUCAAAACAAUCGUACUACUUGCAGAAUUCUUAAAGCCGAUAAAAAUUAUGAAGGAGUGUAUACGUGUAAAGCCUUUAGUGAUAUCGGUUUCGCUAUUACCAAGGCCCAAUUACAAGUAUUUGAAAUCGAGAAAAAACUCGUAGACACUAAAGUUACUGAAGAAACUUUAAAGCAAAAUCAACAACGUCGAGAAGAAAAUAUUGAAACCGUGGAAAUUGAAGAACAAAAUAAAACUACUAAAUCUACUUUACAACCUCAAGUAAGAGAACAACAUCAAAAUGAAAUAAAUAAUACCGUGGAUGAGAAAAAUAUUUACGAAGAGACGACGGAAAGCAAAAAAGUGACUUCAACGCAGAUGAGCAAGAAGAAAAAAAAUAUUGCAACGAAAAAGAGUGAACAAGUUGAAGAGAAGAAUAUUGUUGAAACAAUAAAAAAAGUAACACCAAUCGUAUCAUCUGACGAUUAUUUAAUACAUACAGAACAAGAAACAUGUGAGGUAGCUCAACCUUUAGAAAAAAAAUUUUUCGAGGAACAAAAGGGCGUAACUAAGUUAGUAGAAAUGAACACUCGAAUGGCCGCAGAAAUAAACGAGUUACUUGAGGUAAUAAAUGCUAAAGAAUUUGGACCCGGUGAGUCACCUUUAAGAGAACUUGCUAAAAUUGGAUAUAUGUUGAGAAGUGGCCUAACAAUUGAGCAAAUUGAGAGUUUAUACGACUCGCAACAUUUUCCAGCUCUUAGAAUGCCUCAAUCACAAUCAGCUUUAGUUCAGUUAGUAGAACGUCAAGGACACGGUGCUCUUAUAACUGAAGUACUUACUGAAGAAACCGCUCAAGAUGAAGAUACAAUUGCGGCAAAAGUUGGAUUCAGAGCGUUUUUAAAGAUGGUAGAAAUGAGACAUACAUCAGUGGAAGAAGUAAUAACUCAUUUUUAUCCAGAAGAUUUUAAGCCCCGGUCUUGGGAAUACAAAGAAGCAAAUGCCAUUUUUAUCGAAUCUUGUAAAGAAAAUGUUGCUGAAGUAAAUACUACAAAGAUUUUAAAAGACACCUCUCAAAAGAAGACAAAAAUUGUUAUAGAUGACAAUGAAAGAAAACAUGGCAAACGUAAAAUACACAAACAAACAGAUAGUUUUAUUCACGGUGAAAGUAUUGAAGAAGACAAUAAAGUAUUCAAGAAAAUGUACCCUAUGGAAAAAAUUGAACAUUAUGACAUCGAUGAGGCCACCAAUUUUGAAGCGGAUGUAUUUCCAUUUGUUUCAACCAUUGCAACGGAUACGUAUGAAAAUAAAGUUGAAGUGGUUCCCGCUAGCCAAACUACUAAUUUAAUUGCCCCUAAGAUUAAUGUGAAAUUAACAGCAAAUGUUAGAUUAGAUACGAAUUAUCCUGUUCUUAGCAACACUCUUCAGAUUCAAGAAAGCGAGCAACAUUUUGAUUCUAAAAUGAGUCCAAAAGUAACAGUUCAACAACAUUUCACUGAAACAGAACCUCUACAGAUAACAGAGGUAGAUGUAAGUAAUUACUUAGAAGAAUGUUUUUUGAGUAAGCAAGGAACGAUAAAAAAAGCUACAGAAAAAGUUGUAACGGCAGAAGGUUACAUAACGGCAGAGACAAUGAGCAAUUCGACAGUUGAUGAUGUAAAAAUAGACGAAAAACACAAGGAAAAUGCAAAAUCGUUAAUUAUUUUACAAGACGCAAUUAAUGUAUCACAAGAAAUAACAUCUUUAAAGGAAGCUUCUUUAGAUGAAUUUUCAGUUCCAAAAUCAUACGCUUCGGUAUCUGUUACGCCAUUAAGUGAAGUAAGUGUAACUGAAAUUAACGAAGAGGACAAAGAAUAUAGAUUAAGUGAACAAAAAUCGGAAAAACCUAUAAAAACUAAAUUUGACUUUAACUUACUGGAAUCCGUACAAGUUGGGGAAGUAUUUGUUGAAGAUAAAUCAGGAAAGUACUAUCCCGAAUUAAUUGUUCCAACUGAAACAGCAAGAAAAGACGUACUUGUUUCAAACCAAAUUUCUACUCAAAUACAUGAUGUUAAAGAAAAGGAAGGUUCAUUAAAGACAUUAAAAUUACCACGAACGCAGGAAGCUAAUGUGGAUAUAACAGCAAAAGAUAGUGUUAUGGUGUUAGUAAGUGAUUUACAUGAGAAAGAAGAAGAGUUAGUUAUUUCAGAUGAACCAAUUAAAGCAUUAGUAGGUAAAGAUUUGAUGUUAUAUACAAGUUUAGAUAAUUAUAUGACGGUUUCUCAUGUUAAGGAGUCCGAAUUUGAUGCUGAAACUUAUAAUAGUAAGACAGCAAGUAUUGGAUUUAAUGAACAUCAACACAAAUUUAAUUUAGAAACGAAUAUCAAUGAUUCAGAAAAGUCUUUGCAAGAAACUAAACCUUUAUCACAAACUUAUGCUGUAGUUUCAAUAUCUGCUUUAGAUAAAAAUAUUGUAGAAGAAAUUCACGUAAAUGAAAGUGAGAAAGAUUUUCUCACAAGAGAGGAAAAAAUGACCGCAGUAGCAGAUGUGGACGUAAAAACAAUAGAACCCUUAACAACUUCGGAAACAUUACAUAUCUCAACAGUAAAUGAAUUUUCAAUACCCAGAAAAUCUGAUGAGACUGCUGAGGAAUCGAUAAUAACUGAGAGUGCAAAAGUAAUAUCUACAACUAUAGUUCACGACCACGAAACCCCUCAAGAUUAUAAUAUUGAAAAUCCUCAAAAUGUAUCUGCCACUAUCAUUCCAAAUUUACCUCUUUCGAUUACAGAAACUGAAACAUCAGAGCUCGAAAGUAAAUUACACAAAAAAAUAACACCUGACAUUUUGUUUGCGAAGUGUUUACCAUCUCAUCCCCUGAAAACUCCCAUAUCUGAAGAAAUUAACACAGCGGACCAAAUAGACUUUAUAAAAGAAAAAAAUGCAUUUGUACAACAAGCUUUAGAAGAACGGGAUUUACACAAAGGAAUAACAAUUAUUCAAACUACUCCCCACGAACAAUUACAAGUCUUAGGUGAAAAUGAAAUACCUCAAAGAAAAGCAAAAUCUAACUUCAUAAGUAAUGAAGGUAUAAAUAUAACUGAAACGUUGCUUACACAAAAUGAGGAAUAUUUUGAAUCAAAAGAACCUACAAAAGGCAAAUUUGCAAAUGUUGAAAUCGACACAGACCGCAAAGCUCCCCUGAUUACAGAAAUAAAUCCUACGGACACAUUUAACAAAUUAGAUUCUGAAAAACGAACCUAUAAAACGGUACAAAUUAUUCCAAAUACACUCAAUACACAAAUACAAAUCAGCGAAAACAAAAUUUUUGAUACACAUACUUUUCUUGAAGAUAUAAGUAUGCCUGAUUUUAAAUCCGUUUCUUCAGAUGUAGUUACUGCAAAGGAAUCUUUAACAAUAUCUGAAACAUUGCAACAUGAAAAAGAAGGAGUUUAUAAAAAGCAUCAGCUGACAGAAAGUUGUAAAGCAACCACUGAUAUCAUAAGUCGACCUGUCGCUUUGUCCUCUGAACUAAUUGUUGAUAACACAGUAGGUUUUACGGAGCAAAACAUGUUGAGCGACAAAUUAAGGCAUGCUGCUAUAGGUAACAUAGGUUUUAAAGAAAUGAUUGUUAGCACAACUGAAUAUAAUGAAAAGGAAAGUAAUUUGAGGACUCUAAAGCCAGAGACGUUUGAAGCUUUCAUAAAUUUAGACACCAAUGAAGCAUUAGUAAUACAAGAAUUAAAUUCGGAAAUAAUACCUUCUAAUUUAGAGUAUAAAAAUAUCGAAUCGUUAGCUAAAGCAAGUGAAGCUAAAGUACCCACACAAGCUAUUUCUCAACAAGAAACAUUAGUUCAUACUAUGGAAGGAGUCUUAGAAGUUCCUGUGUAUAACCUAAAAAAGCCAUCAAUAACUGUGGCAGCUCUCCAAGUUCCUGAAUAUGAUGAAAAUACACUUAUAGAAAAUGAAAAGAAGUUUUUAACGCCCGCUGAGCCAGAGAUGCAGAAAGCAGAUUUUUCAAUAAUUGAGAAACAUAGUCUUCAGACAUCUGAAACUCUAUCACAAUCUCAAAACCUUAUUGAAACAGACGACUUUAAAAUGGCUUACAAACAAGCUUCGCCUAACAUGGAAAUUUACGGGAGAGCUGCAAAUAUAGAAGAAACUUUAAUUAGCUGUGGAACAGAAGUAUUGGUUGAACGAGAUACAAGCGCCCAUAAAUCUGAUAUUACAACAAUAUUACUAAACUCGGUAGAACAAAUAGAAACUGUUACCGCAGAGAAAGAAACACAGUUAGUAGAAAAAGAUAAAAUGAAAUCGAACGCUAAAUAUGAUAUCGCAGAAUCACAAGCAGUCGUAAUAAGUUCAGUAGAUGUAAGUGACAAGGAAAAAGAAAUGGAUAUUCCCGAUACUGUUGAUGUUCGUAAGUUAUCAGCUGGGUUUGUUCCUCUAAAAAGUACAAUUAGCACGGAGGUAUUAACUUCAAAUAUUGUAGAUAGCUUUAAAAGUAAAACACCAAAUUUAUUCCAAGCUAGUCUCUCAUACGAUCAAAUUCAACAACCAGUACAGGGUUUACAAAUAUUUACUAUAGACAAGGAAACAGAAUUAUUGCAUACAUCAAAAGAUUUAAAGCUUAAAGCUGAAGAAAAUGUCACGGAAUCAUCAGCAAAAGAAGUUAUUGAAAUACAAACCGUAGAAAAAGAAAAGAAUAUCAAUGAAUAUUACGAACCAAAAACCACUAUAGCGAGUACUAUUGUAAGUGAGGUACAGCAUUUGCAAAGUUCCGAAAUAGUUGCAAGUCAGCAAAGCAUGGAACUGCAAUUACAAGACACAGUAUCUGCAAAAGCACUUCCGAUUUGUGAAAUAAAUGAAGCCAUGCAAAAUACAGAACAAUUUAUUGGGGAAAAAGAAGGCAAGUUGAUUAAAGAACAAUCAGUACUAAAGAGUACUAAAAGUCUGAUAGAAGGGGUUAGUUCCGUAGAAGUAACAGAAGUUAUUCCUUCAGAAUCGGAGUUACCUAUAAACGAAAUAACUAACAGUGAAUUUAAAAAAUCUAUUAAGCCUACAAACGACAUUUUUGUUACACCAAGUUUAAGAAUUACUGAAACAUUAGUUAGCGAAAAAGAAGCGGAACUGUCUUCAUUUUAUUCUCCUAGUGUUAAGUACGCGGGGCAAGAUAUAAAAUCAAAUGACUAUAUAAAAAUUACUGAAAAUUUUGCAGUGGAAUCCGAGAAAAACCUAAACAUUUAUGAAACACCAAAAACGUCUUCUAAUAAUGUGACUAUAGAAACUCACAAACAUGUUAAUGUUGAAAUGUUGCAAUUUUCUGAAUCUGAAGCAGUUAUUAAACCGUCAAAUGUUGUGACGAAAGAAGCAACUGAAUUAAGUACCGAAUUCAUAAAACCACUUCUUGUAAGUGAAAUAAGACCUCAAGAAUUUGGAGAAGAGUUAACAAUAGUUGAAAAAUUAAAAGAGACCAAUUCGUCCAUGAAUAUGCAUUUAAAUGAUCAUAUAAAUGUAGCAGAAGUAGUACCGUUUGAAGAAGGAAUUAACUUAAAGAAUAAAAUUUUCAACAAAGUUGAUAAUACUACUAGCAACAUUGAAACAGCUAAGCACGUUACUGUAACGGAAAUAGAAACUAAUGAAAAAGAAUUUGUGCAUGAACGCAUACUUGUAGAUCAGCCUAAAGAUAUUGAAGAGAAGUUUGAAACUCUUUCUUCAUUUCAAGUUCAAGAAGUAUUACUAAAAGAGUCUAGUGAUGAAUUUACAGGAGAUGUGGUUCCAAGGAAAGAUUACAUAAAUAUUCAGUUAGAACCCCUCCAUCAUGUAACGGUUAUAGAUAUAAAUACAAGAGAGAAAGAACAUGGCUUAAAUAUAAAAUCAGAGCAGGGUAGUGAUGAUCAACGAUUAGACAUUGCAGCUGUCGAGCAUAUAACUACAACAGAAACGACAGUGUUAGAAGAGGGAAUAAAUCUUCAUCAAAGAAGUAAAGAAAAGUGUGAAAAAGCACAAAUAAACUCAUUUCUAUCUGAAGGCCUUAACACUGAACAACAGCAGUUAUUGGAUAAUUGCGUAAGUAUGGGUAUUCCUGGUAAACCAGAAGAGCAACAACUUAAAAUAAGUAUUAAUGAACUGCAACAUAAGCAAUUACAUGAGCUGAUUACACAAGAAAAUUCACAGUUAUUGCCAACACCUAUUCUUAAAGUUGAGAAUGCAAAAAAGAUUCAAACACCAAUAAAAGAAAUAACUUAUACUUCGCCACAAAUAAUUGAAAGCAUUGACAAUUUAUGUGACCAAAAAUAUGAUACAAAUACGAUUGAAUAUGAGUUUGAGGUUAAUAAAAGCUACAUCACAUCAGAAUGUUCACCUACGGAGUCAACACAUAAUAUGUACAAUAAAGAGAAAGAGCCGAAAAGAGCAGAAAAACAAAUAACUGAAAUGAAAUCAAUCGAACAAAUAGAAGUGGUUCUUGGAGAAAAAACUCAGGCGUUAGAUUUAUUGUUUAAGGAGGGUGCUCAAACUGCAAUGGUUAAUCGUACAGCUUUCCAGGAAGUUACUAAUAUUAAGCAAGAUACGUUAGAAAAUGUUACAGAAAUACCCGAAUCAUCUAAGCCUGAAAGCAGUUUGGCUAAAUUGGAUCUAGAAACACAUAAAAGUUAUCUAGUCCUAGAAAAAACACUACAUGAAGAUUCACAAAACAUUAAUACCCCACUUUGUAACCUCCCAAAAAAUGCCACCGAAGAAAUUUUAGGCGUAAUGCCCGUCGAGCUAACGGAAAUAAUUAUGGGAGAACUUGAAAGCGUUUUAAGCUCUAAUAAGGCCAUCAAAGAGGAAAAUAUAACUUCGAAUGCUGUAACAUUAGAACCUAUUAGCCAAAUUAAUAUACAUGUACAAGAAAGUGUUAUUGACAAAUCAUUUGAAAAGUUAAUAAAACAAGAAACCGCUUCAUGUUCUUUAUAUGAAAGUGAGGGUCUUAAAGUAUAUGAAGUUGUGCAAGAUGAAACACAAGGAACGUUAAUUCCAGGUUUACACAAAUCAGUUACAGCUGAAAGGAAUUUGACAACGAUGACACAUUUACAAUGUUCAGAAAAUUUUUCCGAAAUGCAGGCAGAUACGAUAAGUUUUCAAACAGAAACACAAUUAAAUGUAAAAGAGCCAGAAGUACACAAACUAAAAGAAAUAUUAAAUAUAUCCUCAGAAUUAGAAGUGAGUGAAGAUAUUCUGAACGAACAGAUUAUGCCUUACAGCGAAAAACAUCCAAAGGCACUAAAAACGAAUUUAACAAUUUCUGACGCAGAAUACAAGAACAUUAUUAUUACACAACCAGAUGUACAUAUACAGGAAAAAACAGUGGUCAAAAAAGAUUCUCCGAAAAGUUCCGACAUAGAAGAAAGUGAGGAAAUAGUAACAAAGUUUAUUAAAGCGCCGGGCAACAGAGAACCAAUACAAAUUAAAACAAAAAGAACAAUUUUGAGAAAACGUAAAACCGAGAAAAACGAUAAUUUCAACGAAGGUGAUAUUGUCAUAGAAGAAACUUUAGAUGACGAAAACCGGGGUGAAAUACAUCAGGAAAUAAUGCACAAUGUACAGAUUGAAGAAUAUGAAGGAGAUGAUACUAAUUUUAAUAACAAUAACGACAAAAGUACCAUAGAACUGCCAGAAGAACAAUUCGAAAUUCCAAAAUUACGUUCACAGGUACAAAUAGAAGAAAUCCAAGAAGAAAAUGAAACCGAAAAAAGUGUACUGAAAAAGGGUAAAGAUUUUAAGGGUGAUGCAAAUAAAUUAAUUACUUUGACACCGACUGAAAAAACAAAACAAUCUCACAUAGAAGUUAUAAAUGAAGAAGUUCAAAGUGAAGACAUUUCAUCUGAUAAAGAAGAGGGAACCAAACAAGAAAGUAUCGAAAAGCUUUCUGAGGAAACUCCAACAGAAGAACAUCAAAGUAGAGAAAGAAAGCCUAAACAGAAGAAAAUUACUAAGCGCGUUGUAAAAAACAAGGUGGAAACACAACUAGAAACAUCAAAACUAAAAACAACGCCAAAAGACCAUGACAAACACGUCGUUAUCAUACAAGAAACAGAGGAAACAUUUAAUGAUACAAUCACACCAUUUGACGAAAAACUGGAAAAAGAUAAGGCUCAAGUAAUUGAACCUGAAGAAAAUCAGGUGCACAUAGAAACAAGGGACAUAAAGAAGGUCAAGCAGGUGAUCAAAAAGAGCGAGGGACAUAAACAAAAUAUAUCAGAAACAAAAACGGUCGAAAAGGAAAAUGGAGAAACGGUAACAACUGUUUCAGUCACUGAAGAAACUCCAUCUGGUAAAGAAGAGGCACCUGAAGUAAUUCAGGCUGUAGAACUUCCCGAAGAGACUACUAUAGAAGAAAUUCCUAGUGACGAAGGUAAGCCGAAACAGAAGAAAAUUACUAAGCGAGUUAUUAAAAAGAAGGUAGGUCCAAAAUUGGAAACCACACAAAUUAUAACAACUCAACAAGACAAUGAACAACCAGUCAUUACAAUCCACAAAACAGAGGAAACAUUUGAUGAAACAUUUACACCAUUUGACCAUUUAGUCGAAACACAUAAGGCUAAAAAAGUCGAGGUAAAACCUGAAGAAGUAGAAAUAGAUGAAGUCCAGGCGGAAACUGGGGAGAUAAAGAUAGUUAAGACUGUCCAGCGGGUGAUUAAAAAGAAACAAGGAACUAAACAAGAGGUCACAGAGAUAACAACGGUCGAGAAAGAGGAUGCAGAACCGGUAACAACUGUUUCGGUGACUGAAGAAUCACCGUCUGAUAGAGAAGAGGCACCUGAAAAAGAUCAAGCUGUAGAGCUUCCCGAUGAGACUACAAUAGAAGAAAUAUCUAGUGAAGAAGGUAAGCCAAAACGAAAGACAAUUACUGAACGCAUUAUUAAAAAGAGGAAAGGUUCCAAAUUAGAAACCACACAAAUAACCACUACUCAACAAGAUGACGAACAACCAGUUGUUACCAUUAACAAAACUGAUAAAACACUAAAUGACACAACUACACUAUUCGACGAUUUAGUCGAAUUACAAAAGGCUACAGUGGUCGAGGAAGAACCUGAAGGAGUAAAAAUUGAUCAGGUUCAGACGGCAACUGGAAAGAUAACGAAGGAUAAGGCUGACAAGCGAGUAAUCAAAACGCAACAAGGAACUAAACAAGGGGUCAAGGAGAUAACAACGGUCGUAAAAGAAGAUGAAGAACCAAUCAAAACUGUUUCGGUCACCGAAGAAACUCCGUUUGAUAAAGAAGAAGCAACGGAAAAAGUUCAGGCUGUAGAGCUUCCCGAAGAGACAACGAUUGAAGAAAUACAGAGUGAAGAAGGUAAGCCGAAGCAGAAGAAAAUUACUAAACGUAUUAUCAAAAAGAGAGUAGGUCACAAACUAGAAACCACACAAAUAAUAACAUCCCAACAAGAUGACGAACAACCAGUCGUUACUAUACACAAGACUGAGGAAACAUUUGAUGAAAAAGUAACACCAUUCGACGAGAUAGUCGAACCAUAUAAGGCUAAGGUAGUUGAGGAAGAACCUGAAGAAGUCCGAGUUGAUCAGGUACAGACGGAAACUGGUGAGAUUAAAAAAUGUAAGACUAUCAAAAGAGUGAUCAAAAAGCGACAAGGACCUAAGCAAGAGGUCACAGAGAUAACUACGGUCGAAAAAGAGGGUGAAGAACCGGUAACAACUGUUUCGGUCACUGAAAAAACAGCGUCUAAUAGAGAAGAGGCACCCGAAAAUGGUCAAGCCAUAGGGCUUCCUGAGGAGACGACCAUAGAAGAAAUACCCAGUGAAGACGGUAAGCCAAAACGGAAGAAAAUUACAAAGCGCGUUAUUAAAAAGAAAUUAGGUCCAAAAUUGGAAACUACACAAAUCAUCACUACUCAACAAGAUGAUGAACAACCAGUCGUUACCAUUCUUAAAUCUGAUGAAACAUUUAAUGACACAACCACACUAUUCGACGAUUUAGUCGAACCACGAAAGGCUACAGUGGUCGAUGCAGAACCUGAAGAAGUGAAAAUAGAUGAAGUGCAAACGGAAACUGGGGAGAUAAAGAAAAUUAAGACGGUCAAACGGGUAAUCAAAAAACAACACGGACCUAAACAGGAGGUCACAGAGAUAACAACGGUGGAGGAAGAGGGUUUAGAACCGGUAACAACUGUUUCGGUUACUGAAGAAACUCCAUCUGGUAAAGAAGAGGUACCCGAAAUAGUUCAGGUUGUAGAGCUUCCCGAGCUGACUACUAUCGAAGAAAUACCUAGUGAAGAAGGUAAGCCGAAACAGAAGAAAAUUACUAAGCGAGUUAUUAAAAAGAAGGUAGGUCCAAAAUUGGAAACCACACAAAUUAUAACAACUCAUCAAGACAAUGAACAACCAGUCAUAACAAUCCACAAAACAGAGGAAACAUUUGAUGAAACAUUUACACCAUUCGACGAUUUAGUCGAACCACAUAAGGCUAAAGUAGUCGAAGAAACACCUGAAGAAGUGAAAAUAGAUGAAGUACAGACGGAAACUGGGGAGAUAAAAAAAAUUAAGACGGUUAAACGGGUGUUCAAAAAGCGACAAGGACCAAAACAAGAGGUCACAGAGAUAACUACGAUCGCCAGAGAAGGUGAAGAACCAGUCACAACUGUUUCGGUCACUGAAGAAACACCGUCUGAUAGAGAAGACACAACCAAAAAAGUUCAAGCUGUUGAGCUUCCCGAAGAGACUACCAUAGAAGAAAUCCCUAGUGAAGAAGGUAAGCCCAAACAGAAGAAAAUAACUAAACGCGUUAUUAAAAAGAAGGUGGAACCAAAAUUAGAAACAACACAAAUAAUUACAACACAAAAAGACGACGAGCAACCAGUCAUUACAAUACACAAAACCGAGGAAACAUUUGACGACAGUACUACACCAUUCGAUGACGUACUCGAACUACAUAAAGCUAAGAUAGUCGAGGAAGAACCUGAAGAACUAAAAGUAGAUCAGGUACAGACUGAAACUGGGGAGGUAAAGAAAGUUAAGACUGUGAAAAGGGUGAUCAAAAAGCGACAAGGACCUAAGCAAGAGGUCACGGAGAUAACAACAGUCGAGAAAGAAGGCGAAGAACCAGUUACCACAGUUUCCGUCACUGAAAAAGCUCCGUCCGAUGAGGAAGAAGCACCCGAAAAAGUUCAGGCUGUUGAGCUUCCCGAGGAGACUUCGAUAGAAGAAAUCCCUAGUGAAGAAGGUAAGCCCAAACAGAAGAAAAUAACUAAGCGCGUUAUUAAAAAGAAGGUAGGAGCAAAAUUAGAAACCACACAAAUAGUCAAAACUCAACAAGAUGAUGAACAACCAGUUAUUACAAUACACAAAACCGAGGAAACAUUUGACGACAGUACUACACCAUUCGAUGAGGUACUCGAACUACAUAAAGCUAAGGUAGUCAAGGAAGAACCUGAAGAAGUUAAAGUUGAUCAGGUGCAGACGGAAACUGGGGAGGUAAAGAAAGUUAGGACAGUGAAAAGGGUGAUCAAAAAGCGACAAGGACCUAAGCAAGAGGUUACGGUGAUAACAACGGUUGAAAAAGACGGUGAAGAACCAAUCACCACAGUUUCCGUCACUGAAGAAGCUCCGUUUGAUAAAGAAGAAGCACCCGAAAAAGAACAGGUUAUAGAGCUUCCCGAGGAGACAUCAAUAGAAGAAAUUCUAAGUGAAGAAGGUAAGCCCAAACAGAAGAAAAUAACUAAGCGCGUUAUUAAAAAGAAGGUAGGACCAAAAUUAGAAACCACACAAAUAAUCACAACUCAACAAGAUGAUGAACAACCAUUUAUUACAAUACACAAAACCGAGGAAACAUUUAACGACAAUACUACACCAUUCGAUAACGUAUUCGAACUACAUAAAGCUAAGAUAGUCGAGGAAGAACCUGAAGAAGUAAAAGUUGAACAGGUACAGACUGAAACUGGGGAGGUAAAGAAAGUUAAGACUGUGAAACGGGUGAUCAAAAAGCGACAAGGACCUAAGCAAGAGGUCACGGAGAUAACAACGAUCGAGAAAGACGGCGAAGAACCAGUCACCACAGUUUCGAUCACUGAAGAAGCUCCGUCUGAUAAGGAAGAAGCUCCUGAAAGAGAACAUGUUAUAGAGCUUCCCGAGGAGACAUCAAUAGAAGAAAUCCCUAGUGAACAAGGUAAGCCCAAACAGAAGAAAAUAACAAAGCGCGUUAUUAAAAAGAAGGUAGGACCAAAAUUAGAAACCACACAAAUAAUUACAACACAAAAAGACGACGAGAAACCAGUCAUUACAAUACAUAAAACCGAGGAAACAUUUGACGACAGUACUACACCAUUCGAUGACGUACUCGAACUACAUAAAGCUAAGGUAGUCGAGCAAGAACCUGAAGAAGUAAAAGUUGAUCAGGUACAGAUUGAAACUGGAGAGGUUAAGAAAGUUAAGACUGUGAAAAGGGUGAUCAAAAAGCGACAAGAACAUAAGCAAGAGGUCACGGGGAUAAAAGCAGUCGAGAAAGGAGGCGAAGAACCAGUCACCACAGUUUCCGUCACUGAAGAAGCUCCAUCUGAUAAGGAAGAAGCACCCGAAAAAGUUCAGGCUGUUGAGCUUCCCAAGGAGACUUCGAUAGAAGAAAUCCCUAGUGAAGAAGGUAAGCCCAAACAGAAGAAAAUAACUAAGCGCGUUAUUAAAAAGAAGGUAGGAGCAAAAUUAGAAACCACACAAAUAGUCACAACACAACAAGAUGAUGAACAACCAGUUAUUACAAUACACAAAACCGAGGAAACAUUUGACGACAGUACUACACCAUUCGAUGACGUACUCGAACUACAUAAAGCUAAGGUAGUCGAGGAGGAACCUGAAGAAGUUAAAGUUGAUCAGGUGCAGACAGAAACUGGGGAGGUAAAGAAAGUUAAGACUGUCAGGCGGGUGAUCAAAAAGCGACAAGGACCUAAGCAAGAGGUCACGGAGAUAACAACGGUUGAAACAGACGGCGAAGAACCAGUCACCACAGUUUCGGUCACUGAAGAAGCUCUAUCUGAUAAGGAAGAAGUACCCGAAAUAUUCCAGGCUGUAGAGCUUCCCGAGGAGACUUACAUAGAAGAUAUCCCUAGUGAAGAAGGUAAGACAAAACAGAAGAAAAUAACUAAGCGCGUUAUUAAAAAGAAGGAAGGACCAAAAUUGGAAACCACACAAAUAAUUACAACACAAAAAGACGACGAGCAACCAGUCAUUACAAUAAACAAAACAGAGGAAACAUUUGACGAAAGUACAAAACCAUUCGAUGACGUACUCGAACUACAUAAAGCUAAGGUAGUCAAGGAAGAACCUGAAGAAGUUAAAGUUGAUCAGGUGCAGACGGAAACUGGGGAGGUAAAGAAAGUAAAAACUGUCAAACGGGUGAUCAAAAAGCGACAAGGACCUAAGCAAGAGGUCACGGAGAUAACAACGGUCGAGAAAGACGGCGAAGAACCAGUCACCACAGUUUCGAUCACUGAAGAAGCUCCGUCUGAUAAGGAAGAAGCUCCCGAAAAAGUUCAGGCCGUAGAGCUUCCAGAGGAAACUUCCAUAGAAGAAAUUCCUACUGAAGAAAGUAAGCCCAAACAGAAGAAAAUAAGUAAGCGCGUUAUUAAAAAGAAGGUAGGACCAAAAUUAGAAACAACACAAAUAAUUACAACACAAAAAGACGACGAGCAACCAGUCAUUACAAUACACAAAACCGAGGAAAUAUUUGACAACAGUACUACACCAUUCGAUGACGUACUCAAACUACAUAAAGCUAAGAUAGUCGAGGAAGAACCUGAAGAAGUAAAAGUUGAUCAGGUAACGACUGAAACUGGGGAGGUAAAGAAAGUUAAGACUGUGAAACGGGUGAUCAAAAAGCGACAAGGACCUAAGCAAGAGGUCACAGAGAUAACAACGGUCGAGAAAGAAGGCGAAGAACCAGUCACCACAGUUUCCGUCACUGAAGAAGCUCCGUCUGAUAAAGAAGAAGCACCCGAAAAAGAACAGGUAUUAGAGCUUCCCGAGGAGACAUACAUAGAAGAAAUCCCUAGUGAAGAAGGUAAGCCCAAACAGAAGAAAAUAACUAAGCGCAUUAUUAAAAAGAAGGUAGGACCAAAAUUAGAAACCACACAAAUAAUUACAACACAAAAAGACGACGAGCAACCAGUCAUUACAAUACACAAAACCGAGGAAACAUUUGACGACAGUACUACACCAUUCGAUGACGUACUCGAACUACAUAAAGCUAAGAUAGUCGAGGAAGAACCUGAAGAACUAAAAGUCGAUCAGGUACAGACUGAAACUGGGGAGGUAAAGAAAGUUAAGACUGUGAAAAGGGUGAUCAAAAAGCGACAAGGACCUAAGCAAGAGGUCACGGAGAUAACAACAGUCGAGAAAGAAGGCGAAGAACCAGUCACCACAGUUUCCGUCACUGAAAAAGCUCCGUCCGAUGAGGAAGAAGCACCCGAAAAAGUUCAGGCUGUUGAGCUUCCCGAGGAGACUUCGAUAGAAGAAAUCCCUAGUGAAGAAGGUAAGCCCAAACAGAAGAAAAUAACUAAGCGCAUUAUUAAAAAGAAGGUAGGACCAAAAUUAGAAACCACACAAAUAAUUACAACACAAAAAGACGACGAGCAACCAGUUAUUACAAUACACAAAACCGAGGAAACAUUUGACGACAGUACUACACCAUUCGAUGACGUACUCGAACUACAUAAAGCUAAGAUAGUCGAGGAAGAACCUGAAGAACUAAAAGUCGAUCAGGUACAGACUGAAACUGGGGAGGUAAAGAAAGUUAAGACUGUGAAACGGGUGAUCAAAAAGCGACAAGGACCUAAGCAAGAGGUCACAGUGAUAACAACGGUCGAGAAAGAAGGCGAAGAACCAGUCACCACAGUUUCCGUCACUGAAGAAGCUCCAUCUGAUAAAGAAGAAUCACCCGAAAAAGAACAGGUUAUAGAGCUUCCCGAGGAGACAUCAAUAGAAGAAAUCCCUAGUGAAGAAGGUAAGCUCAAACAGAAGAAAAUAACUAAGCGCAUUAUUAAAAAGAAGGUAGGACCAAAAUUAGAAACCACACAAAUUAUUACAACACAAAAAGACGACGAGCAACCAGUUAUUACAAUACACAAAACCGAGGAAACAUUUGACGACAGUACUACACCAUUCGAUGACGUACUCGAACCAAGUAAAGCUAAGAUAGUCGAGGAAGAACCUGAAGAACUAAAAGUCGAUCAGGUACAGACUGAAACUGGGGAGGUAAAGAAAGUUAAGACUGUGAAACGGGUGAUCAAAAAGCGACAAGGACCUAAGCAAGAGGUCACGGUGAUAACAACGGUCGAGAAAGAAGGCGAAGAACCAGUCACCACAGUUUCCGUCACUGAAGAAGCUCCAUCUGAUAAAGAAGAAUCACCCGAAAAAGAACAGGUUAUAGAGCUUCCCGAGGAGACAUCAAUAGAAGAAAUCCCUAGUGAAGAAGGUAAGCCCAAACAGAAGAAAAUAACUAAGCGCGUUAUUAAAAAGAAGGUAGGACCAAAAUUAGAAACCACACAAAUAAUUACAACACAAAAAGACGACGAGCAACCAGUCAUUACAAUACACAAAACCAAGGAAACAUUUGACGACAGUACUACACCAUUCGAUGACGUACUCGAACUACAUAAAGCUAAGAUAGUCGAGGAAGAACCUGAAGAACUAAAAGUCGAUCAGGUACAGACUGAAACUGGGGAGGUAAAGAAAGUUAAGACUGUGAAACGGGUGAUCAAAAAGCGACAAGGACCUAAGCAAGAGGUCACAGAGAUAACAACAGUCGAGAAAGAAGGCGAAGAACCAAUCACCACAGUUUCCGUCACUGAAGAAGCUCCGUCUGAUAAAGAAGAAGCACCCGAAAAAGAACAGGUUAUAGAGCUUCCCGAGGAGACAUCAAUAGAAGAAAUCACUAGUGAAGAAGGUAAGCCCAAACAGAAGAAAAUAACUAAGCGCGUUAUUAAAAAGAAGGUAGGACCAAAAUUAGAAACCACACAAAUAAUUACAACACAAAAAGACGACGAGCAACCAGUCAUUACAAUACACAAAACCGAGGAAACAUUUGACGACAGUACUACACCAUUCGAUGACAUACUCGAACUACAUGAAGCUAAGUUAGUCGAGGAAGAACCUGAAGAAGUUAAAGUUGAUCACGUACAGACUGAAACUGGGGAGGUAACGAAAGUUAAGACUGUGAAACGGGUGAUCAAAAAGCGACAAGGACCUAAGCAAGAGGUCACAGUGAUAACAACCGUCGAAAAAGAAGGCGAAGAACCAGUCACCACAGUUUUGGUCACUGAAGAAGCUCCGUCUGAUAUUGAAGAAGCACCCGAAAAAGAACAGGUUGUAGAGCUUCCCGAGGAGACAUUUAUAGAAGAAAUCCCUAGUGAAGAAGGUAAGCCCAAACAGAAGAAAAUAACUAAGCGCGUUAUUAAAAAGAAGGUAGGACCAAAAUUAGAAACCACACAAAUAAUUACAACACAAAAAGACGACGAGCAACCAGUCAUUACAAUACACAAAACCGAGGAAACAUUUGACGACAGUACUACACCAUUCGAUGACGUACUCGAACUACAUGAAGCUAAGGUAGUCGAGGAAGAACCUGAAGAAGUAAAAGUUGAUCAGGUACAGACUGAAACUGGGGAGGUUAAGAAAGUCAAGACUGUGAAAAGGAUGAUCAAAAAGCGACAAGGGCCUAAGCAAGAGGUCACGGAGAUAACAACGGUCGAGAAAGAAGGCGAAGAACCAGUCACCACAGUUUCAGUCACUGAAGAAGCUCCGUCUGAUAUAGAAGAAGCACCCGAAAAAGAACAGGUUAUAGAGCUUCCCGAGGAGAUAUCUAUAGAAGAAAUCCCUAGUGAAGAAGGUAAGCUCACACAGAAGAAAAUAACUAAGCGCGUUAUUAAAAAGAAGGUAGGACCAAAAUUAGAAACCACACAAAUAAUCACAACACAAAAAGAUGACGAGCAACCAGUCAUUACAAUACACAAAACCGAGGAAACAUUUGACGACAGUACUACACCAUUCGAUGACAUACUCGAAAUACAUGAAGCUAAGGUAGUCGAGGAAGAACCUGAAGAAGUUAAAGUUGAUCACGUACAGACUGAAACUGGGGAGGUAAAGAAAGUUAAGACUGUGAAACGGGUAAUCAAAAAGCGACAAGGACCUAAGCAAGAGGUCACGGAGAUAACAACGGUCGAAAAAGAAGGCGAAGAACCAGUCACCACAGUUUUGGUCACUGAAGAAGCUCCGUCUGAUAUUGAAGAAGCACCCGAAAAAGUUCAGGCUGUAGAGUUUCCCGAGGAGACUUCCAUAGAAGAAAUCCCUAGUGAAGAAGGUAAGCCCAAACAGAAGAAAAUAACUAAGCGCGUUAUUAAAAAGAAGGUAGGACCAAAAUUAGAAACCACUCAAAUAAUUACAACACAAAAAGACGACGAGCAACCAGUCAUUACAAUACACAAAACCGAGGAAACAUUUGACGACAGUACUACACCAUUCGAUGACGUACUCGAACUACAUGAAGCUAAGGUAGUCGAGGAAGAACCUGAAGAAGUUAAAGUUGAUCACGUACAGACUGAAACUGGGGAGUUAAAGAAAGUUAAAACUGUGAAACGGCUAAUCAAAAAGCGACAAGGACCUAAGCAAGAGGUCACGGAGAUAACAACGAUCGAAAAAGAAGGCGAAGAACCAGUCACCACAGUUUUGGUCACUGAAGAAGCACCCGAAAAAGUUCAGGCUGUAGAGUUUCCCGAGGAGACUUCCAUAGAAGAAAUCCCUAGUGAAGAAGGUAAGCCCAAACAGAAGAAAAUAUCUAAUCGCAUUAUUAAAAAGAAGGUAGGACCAAAAUUAGAAACAACACAAAUAAUCACAACACAACAAGACGUCGAACAACAAGUCAUUACAAUACACAAUACAGAGGAAACAUUUGACGACAAUACUACACCAUUCGAUGACAUACUCGAACUACAUAAGGCUAAGGUUGUCGAGGAGGAACCUGAAGAAGUUAAAGUUGAUCAGGUGCAGACGGAAACUGGGGAGAUAAAGAAAGUUAAGACUGUGAAAAGGGUGAUCAAAAAGCGACAAGGACCUAAGCAAGAGGUCACGGAGAUAACAACGGUCGAGAAAGAAGGCGAAGAACCAGUUACCACAGUUUCAGUCACUGAAGAAGCUCCGUCUGACAAAGAAGAAGCACCCGAAAAAGAACAGGUUAUAGAGCUUCCCGAGGAGACAUCAAUAGAAGAAAUAACUAGUGAAGAAGGUAAGCCCAAACAGAAGAUAAUAACUAAGCGCGUUAUUAAAAAGAAGGUAGGACCAAAAUUAGAAACCACACAAAUAAUUACAACACAAAAAGACGACGAGAAACCAGUCAUUACAAUACACAAAACCGAGGAAACAUUUGACGACAGUACUACACCAUUCGAUGACGUACUCGAACUACAUAAAGCUAAGGUAGUCAAGGAAGAACCUGAAGAAGUAAAAGUUGAUCAGGUACAGACUGAAAGUGGGGAGGUUAAGAAAGUUAAGACUGUGAAAAGGGUGAUCAAAAAGCGACAAGGACCUAAGCAAGAGGUCACGGAGAUAACAACGGUCGAGAAAGAAGGCGAAGAACCAGUCACCACAGUUUCAGUCACUGAAGAAGCUCCGUCUGAUAAAGAAGAAGCACCCGAAAAAGAACAGGUUAUAGAACUUCCCGAGGAGACAUCAAUAGAAGAAAUCACUAGUGAAGAAGGUAAGCCCAAACAGAAGAAAAUAACUAAGCGCGUUAUUAAAAAGAAGGUAGGACCAAAAUUACACACCACACAAAUAAUUACAACACAAAAAGACGACGAGAAACCAGUCAUUACAAUAGACAAAACCGAGGAAACAUUUGACGACAGUACUACACCAUUCGAUGACGUACUCGAACUACAUGAAGCUAAGGUAGUCAAGGAAGAACUUGAAGAAGUAAAAGUUGAUCAGGUACAGACUGAAAGUGGGGAGGUUAAGAAAGUUAAGACUGUGAAACGGGUGAUCAAAAAGCGACAAGGACCUAAGCAAGAGGUCACGGAGAUAGCAACGGUCGAAAAAGAAGGUGAAGAACCAGUCACCACAAUUUCCGUCACUGAAGAAGCUCUGUCUAAUAAAGAAGAAGCACCCGAAGAAGAAAAGGUUAUAGAGCUUCCCGAGGAGACAUCAAUAGAAGAAAUCACUAGUGAAGAAGGUAAGCCGAAACAGAAGAAAAUAAUUAAGCGCGUUAUUAAAAAGAAGGUAGGACCAAAAUUAGAAACCACUCAAAUAAUUACAACACAAAAAGACGACGAGCAACCAGUCAUUACAAUACACAAAACCGAGGAAACAUUUGACGACAGUACUACACCAUUCGAUGACGUACUCGAACUACAUGAAGCUAAGGUAGUCGAGGAAGAACCUGAAGAAGUUAAAGUUGAUCACGUACAGACUGAAACUGGGGAGUUAAAGAAAGUUAUAAUUGUAAAACGGGUAAUCAAAAAGCGACAAGGACCUAAGCAGGAGGUAACGGAGAUAACAACGGUCGAAAAAGAAGGCGAAGAACCAGUCACCACAGUUUUGGUCACUGAAGAAGCUCCGUCUGAUAUUGAAGAAGCACCCGAAAAAUUACAGGCUGUAGAGUUUCCCGAGGAGACUUCCAUAGAAGAAAUCCCUAGUGAAGAAGGUAAGCCCAAACAGAAGAAAAUAACUAAGCGCGUUAUUAAAAAGAAGGUAGGACCAAAAUUAGAAACCACUCAAAUAAUUACAACACAAAAAGGCGACGAGCAACCAGUCAUUACAAUACACAAAACAGAGGAAACAUUUGACGACAGUACCACACCAUUCGAUGACGUACUCGAACUACAUGAAGCUAAGGUAGUCGAGGAAGAACCUGAAAAAGUUAAAGUUGAUCACGUGCAGACUGAAACUGGGGAGUUAAAGAAAGUUAAGACUGUGAAACGGGUAAUCAAAAAGCGACAAGGACCUAAACAAGAGGUCACGGAGAUAACGCCGUCGAAAAAGAAGGCGAAGAACCAGUCACCACAGUUUUGGUCACUGAAGAAGCUCCGUCUGAUAUUGAAGAAGUACCCGAAAAAUACCACACCAUUCGAUGACGUACUCGAACUACAUAAAGCUAAGGUAGUCGAUGAGGAACCUGAAAAAGUUAAAGUUGAUCAGGUGCAGACUGAAACUGGGGAGUUAAAGAAAGUUAAGACUGUCAAGCGGGUAAUCAAAAAGCGACAAGGACCUAAACAAGAGGUCACGGAGAUAACAACCGUUGAAAAAGACGGCGAAGAACCAGUCACCACAGUUUUGGUCACUGAAGAAGCUCCGUCUGAUAUUGAAGAAGCACCCGAAAAAGUUCAGGCUGUAGAGUUUCCCGAGGAGACUUCCAUAGAAGAAAUCCCUGGUGAAGAAGGUAAGCCCAAACAGAAGAAAAUAUCUAAGCGCGUUAUUAAAAAGAAGGUAGGACCAAAAUUAGAAACAACACAAAUAAUCACAACACAACAAGACGACGAACAACCAGUCAUUACAAUACACAAAACAGAGGAAACAUUUGACGACAGUACCACACCAUUCGAUGACGUACUCGAACUACAUGAAGCUAAGGUAGUCGAAGAAGAACCUGAAAAAGUUAAAGUUGAUCAGGUGCAGACUGAAACUGGGGAGUUAAAGAAAGUUAAGACUGUCAAACGGGUGAUCAAAAAGCGACAAGGACCUAAACAAGAGGUCACGGAGAUAACAACCGUUGAAAAAGAAGGCGAAGAACCAGUCACCACAGUUUCGGUCACUGAAGAAGCUCUGUCUGAUAUGGAAGAAGUACCCGAAAAAGUUCAGGCUGUAGAGCUUCCCGAGGAGACUUACAUAGAAGAAAUCCCUGGUGAAGAAGGUAAGCCCAAACAGAAGAAAAUAUCUAAGCGCGUUAUUAAAAAGAAGGAAGGACCAAAAUUAGAAACAACACAAAUAAUUACAACACAAAAAGACGACGAGCAACCAGUCAUUACAAUACACAAAACAGAGGAAAUAUUUGACGAAAGUACAACACCAUUCGAUGACGUACUCGAACUACAUAAAGCUAAGAUAGUCAAGGAAGAACCUGAAGAAGUUAAAGUUGAUCAGGUGCAGACGGAAACUGGGGAGGUAAAGAAAGUAAAAACUGUCAAACGGGUGAUCAAAAAGCGACAAGGACCUAAGCAAGAGGUCACGGAGAUAACAACGGUCGAGAAAGACGGCGAAGAACCAGUCACCACAGUUUCGAUCACUGAAGAAGCUCCGUCUGAUAAGGAAGAAGCUCCCGAAAAAGUUCAGGCCGUAGAGUUUCCCGAGGAGACUUCCAUAGAAGAAAUCCCUAGUGAAGAAGGUAAGCCGAAACAGAAGAAAAUAUCUAAGCGCGUUAUUAAAAAGAAGGUAGGACCAAAAUUAGAAACAACACAAAUAAUCACAACACAACAAGACGACGAACAACCAGUCAUUACAAUACACAAUACAGAGGAAACAUUUGAUGACAAUACUACACCAUUCGAUGACAUACUCGAACUACAUAAAGCAAAGGUUGUCGAGGAGGAACCUGAAGAAGUUAAAGUUGAUCAGGUGCAGACAGAAACUGGGGAGGUAAAGAAAGUUAAGACUGUCAGGCGGGUGAUCAAAAAGCGACAAGGACCUAAGCAAGAGGUUACGGAGAUAACAACGGUCGAGAAAGAAGGCGAAGAACCAGUCACCACAGUUUCAGUCACUGAAGAAGCUCCAUCUGGCAAAGAAGAAGCACCCGAAAAAGAACAGGUUAUAGAGCUUCCCGAGGAGACAUCAAUAGAAGAAAUCACUAGUGAAGAAGGUAAGCCCAAACAGAAGAAAAUAACUAAGCGCGUUAUUAAAAAGAAGGUAGGACCAAAAUUAGAAACCACUCAAAUAAUUACAACACAAAAAGACGACGAGCAACCAGUCAUUACAAUACACAAAACCGAGGAAACAUUUGACGACAGUACUACACCAUUCGAUGACGUACUCGAACUACAUGAAGCUAAGGUAGUCGAGGAAGAACCUGAAGAAGUAAAAGUUGAUCAGGUUCCGACUGAAAAUGGGGAAGUUAAGAAAGUUAAGACUGUGAAACGGGUGAUCAAAAAGCGACAAGGACCUAAGCAAGAGGUCACGGAGAUAGCAACGGUCGAAAAAGAAGGCGAAGAACCAGUCACCACAGUUUUCGUCACUGAAGAAGUGCCGUCUGAUAUUGAAGAACUAGCACCCGAAAAAGUUCAGGUUAUAGAGCUUCCCGAGGAGACUUCAAUAGAAGAAAUCCCUAGUGAAGAAGGUAAGCCGAAACAGAAGAAAAUAUCUAAGCGCGUUAUUAAAAAGAAGGUAGGACCAAAACUAGAAACCACACAAAUAAUCACAACACAACAAGACGACGAGCAACCAGUCAUUACAAUACACAAAACAGAGGAAACAUUUGACGACAACACUACACCAUUCGAUCACGUACUCGAACUAAAUGAAGCUAAGGUUGUCGAGGAAGAACCUGAAGAAGUUAAAGUUGAUCAGGUGCAGACGGAAACUGGGGAGAUAAAGAAAGUAAAAACUGUCAAACGGGUGAUCAAAAAGCGACAAGGACCUAAGCAAGAGGUCACGGAGAUAACAACCGUCGAGAAAGAAGGCGAAGAACCAGUCACCAUAGUUUCCGUCACUGAAGUAGCUCCGUCUGAUAAAGAAGAAGCACCUGAAAAAGAACAGGUUAUAGAGCUUCCCGAGGAGAUAUCAAUAGAAGAAAUCCCUAGUGAGGAAGGUAAGCCCAAACAGAAGAAAAUAACUAAGCGCGUUAUUAAAAAGAAGGUAGGACCAAAAUUAGAAACAACACAAAUAAUCACAACACAACAAGACGACGAACAACCAGUCAUUACAAUACACAAAACAGAGGAAACAUUUGACGACAAUACUACACCAUUCGAUCACGUACUCGAACUAUAUAAAGCUAAGGUAGUCGAAGAAGAACCUGAAGAAGUUAAAGUUGAUCAGGUUCCGACGGAAAAUGGGGAAGUUAAGAAAGUUAAGACUGUGAAACGGGUGAUCAAAAAGCGACAAGGACCAAAGCUAGAGGUCACGGAGAUAACAACCGUCGAGAAAGAAGGCGAAGAACCCGUCACCACAGUUUCCGUCACUGAAGUAGCUCCGUCUGAUAAAGAAGAAGCACCUGAAAAAGAACAGGUUAUAGAGCUUCCCGAGGAGACUUCCAUAGAAGAAAUGCCUAGUGAAGAAGGUAAGCCCAAACAGAAGAAAAUAACUAAGCGCGUUAUUAAAAAGAAGGAAGGACAAAAAUUAGAAACAACACAAAUAAUCACUACACAACAAGAAGACGAACAACCAGUCAUUACAAUACACAAAACUGAGGAAACAUUUGACGACAAUACUACACCAUUCGAUCACGUACUCGAACUACAUAAAGCUAAGGUAGUCGAGGAGGAACCUGAAGAAGUUAAAGUUGAUCAGGUGCAGACGGAAAAUGGGGAGAUAAAGAAAGUUAAGACUGUGAAACGGGUUAUCAAAAAGCGACAAGGACCUAAGCAAGAGGUCACGGAGAUAACAACCGUCGAGAAAGAAGCCGAAGAACCAGUCACCAUAGUUUCCGUCACUGAAAUAGCUCCGUCUGAUAAAGAAGAAGCACCUGAAAAAGAACAGGUUAUAGAGCUUCCCGAGGAAACAUCAAUAGAAGAAAUCCCUAGUGAAGAAGGUAAGCCCAAACAGAAGAAAAUAACUAAGCGCGUUAUUAAAAAGAAGAUAGGACCAAAAUUAGAAACAACACAAAUAAUCACAACACAACAAGACGACGAACAACCAGUCAUUACAAUUCACAAAACAGAGGAAACAUUUGACGACAAUACUACACCAUUAGAUCACGUACUCGAACUACAUAAAGCUAAGGUAGUCAAGGUAGAACCUGAAAAAGUUGAAGUUGAUCAGGUGCAGACGGAAAAUGGGGAAGUAAAGAAAGUUAAGACUGUGAAACGGGUAAUCAAAAAGCGACAAGGACCUAAGCAAGAGGUCACGGAGAUAACAACCGUCGAAAAAGAAGGCGAAGAACCAGUCACCACAGUUUCGAUCAAACAAGAAUCUCCGUCUGAUAAGGAACAAGACACAGAAAAAGUUCAGGCUGUAGAGUUUCCCGAGGAGACUUCCAUAGAAGAAAUUCCUAGUGAAGAAGGUAAGCCCAAACAGAAGAAAAUAACUAAGCGCGUUAUUAAAAAGAAGGUAGGACCAAAAUUAGAAACAACACAAUUAAUCACAACCCAACAAGACGACGAACAACCAGUCAUUACAAUACACAAAACAGAGGAAACAUUUGACGACAACACUACACCAUUCGAUCACGUACUCGAACUACAUAAAGCUAAGGUUGUCGAGGAAGAACCUGAAGAAGUUAAAGUUGAUCAGGUGCAGACGGAAACUGGGGAGAUAAAGAAAGUUAAGACCGUCAAACGGGUGAUCAGAAAGCGAGAAGGGCCUAAGCAGGAGGUCACGGACAUAACAACGGUCGAGAAAAAAGGCGAAAAACCGGACACCACAGUUUCGAUCACUGAAGAAGCUCCGUCUGAUAAGGAAGAAGCACCCGAAAAAGUUCAAACUUUAGAGCUUCCCGAGGAGACUUCCAUAGAAGAAAUACCUAGUGAAGAAGGUAAGCCCAAACAGAAAAAAAUAACUAAGCGCGUUAUUAAAAAUAAGGUAGGACCAAAACUAGAAACAACACAAAUAAUCACAACACAACAAGACGACGAACAACCAGUCAUUACAAUACACAAAACAGAGGAAACAUUUGACGACAAUACUACACCAUUCGAUCACGUACUCGAACUACAUAAAGCUAAGGUUGUCGAGGAAGAACCUGAAGAAGUUAAAGUUGAUCAGGUGCAGACGGAAACUGGGGAGAUAAAGAAAGUUAAGACCGUCAAACGGGUGAUCAGAAAGCGAGAAGGGCCUAAGCAGGAGGUCACGGACAUAACAACGGUCGAGAAAGAAGGCGAAAAACCGGACACCACAGUUUCGAUCACUGAAGAAGCUCCGUCUGAUAAGGAAGAAGCACCCGAAAAAGUUAAGGCUGUAGAGCUUCCCGAGGAGACUUCCAUAGAAGAAAUCCCUAGUGAAGAAGGUAAGCCCAAACAGAAAAAAAUAACUAAGCGCGUUAUUAAAAAUAAGGUAGGACCAAAACUAGAAACAACACAAAUAAUCACAACACAACAAGACGACGAACAACCAUUCAUUACAAUACACAAAACAGAGGAAACAUUUGACGACAAUACUACACCAUUCGAUGACGUACUCGAACUACAUAAAGCUAAGGUAGUCGAGGAUGAACCUGAAGAAGUCAAAGUUGAUCAUGUGCAGACGGAAACUGGGGAGGUAAAGAAAGUUAGGACUGUAAAACGGGUGAUCAAAAAGCUACAAGGACCUAAGCAAGAAGUCACGGAGAUAACAACCGUCGAGAAAGAAGGCGAAGAACCAGUCACAACAGUUUCGAUUAAACAAGAAGCUCCGUCUGAUAAGAAACAAGCACCCGAAAAAGUUCAGAGUGUAGAGCUUCCCGAGGAAACUUCCAUAGAAGAAAUCCCUAGUGAAGAAGGUAAGCCCAAACAGAAGAAAAUAUCUAAGUGCGUUAUUAAAAAGAAGGUAGGACCAAAACUAGACACAACACAAAUAAUCACAACACAACAAGACGACGAACAACCAGUCAUUACAAUACACAAAACAGAGGAAACAUUUGACGACAACACUACACCAUUCGAUCACGUACUCGAACUACAUAAAGCUAAGGUUGUCGAGGAAGAACCUGAAGAAGUUAAAGUUCAUCAGGUGCAGACGGAAACUGGGGAGAUAAAGAAAGUUAAGACCGUCAAACGGGUGAUCAGAAAGCGAGAAGGGCCUAAGCAGGUGGUCAUGGACAUAACAACGGUCGAGAAAGAAGGCGAAAAACCGGACACCACAGUUUCGAUCACUGAAGAAGCUCCGUCUGAUAAGGAAGAAGCACCCGAAAAAGUUAAGGCUGUAGAGCUUCCCGAGGAGACUUCCAUAGAAGAAAUCCCUAGUGAAGAAGGUAAGCCCAAACAGAAAAAAAUAACUAAGCGCGUUAUUAAAAAUAAGGUAGGACCAAAACUAGAAACAACACAAAUAAUCACAACACAACAAGACGACGAACAUCCAGUCAUUACAAUACACAAAACAGAGGAAAAAUUUGACGACAAUACUACACCAUUCGAUCACGUACUCGAACUACAUAAAGCUAAGGUUGUCGAGGAAGAACCUAAAGAAGUUAAAGUUGAUCAGGUGCAGACGGAAACUGGGGAGAUAAAGAAAGUUAAGACCGUCAAACGGGUGAUCAGAAAGCGAGAUGGGCCUAAGCAGGAGGUCACGGAGAUAACAACGAUCGAGAAAGAAGGCGAAAAACCGGACACCACGGUUUUGAUCACUGAAGAAGCUUCGUCUGAUAAGGAAGAAGCACCCGAAAAAGUUAAGGCUGUAGAGCUUCCCGAGGAGAUUUCCAUAGAAGAAAUCCCUAGUGAAGAAGGUAAGCCCAAACAGAAGAAAAUAACUGAGCGCGUUAUUAAAAAGAAGGUAGGACAAAAAUUAGAAACAACACAAAUAAUUACUACACAACAAGAAGACGAACAACCAGUCAUUACAAUACACAAAACUGAGGAAACAUUUGACGACAAUACUACACCAUUCGAUCACGUACUCGAACUACAUAAAGCUAAGGUUGUCGAGGAAGAACCUGAAGAAGUUAAAGUUGAUCAGGUGCAGACGGAAACUGGGGAGAUAAAGAAAGUUAAGACCGUCAAACGGGAAGAAGCACCCGAAAAAGUUGAGGCUGUAGAGCUUCCCGAGGAGACUUCCAUAGAGGAAAUCCCUAGUAAAGAAGGUAAGCCCAAACAGAAAAAAAUAACUAAGCGCGUUAUUAGAAAUAAGGUAGGACCAAAAUUGGAAACAACACAAAUAAUCACAACACAACAAUACGACGAACAACCAGUCAUUACAAUACACAAAACAGAGGAAACAUUUGACGACAAUACUACACCAUUCGAUGACGUACUCGAACUACAUAAAGCUAAGGUAGUCGAGGAAGAACCUGAAGAAGUUAAAGUUGAUCAGGGUCAGACGGAAACUGGGGAGGUAAAGAAAGUUAAGACUGUCAAACAGGUGAUCAAAAAGCGACAAGGACCUAAGCAAGAGGUCACUGAGAUAACAACGGUCGAAAAAGAAGGCGAAGAACCAGUCACCACAGUUUUGGUCACUGAAGAAGCUCCGUCUGAUAAAGAAGAAGCACCCGAAAAAGUUAAGGCUGUAGAGCUUCCCGAGGAGACUUCCAUAGAAGAAAUCCCUAGUGAAGAAGGUAAGCCCAAACAGAAGAAAAUAAGUAAGCACGUUAUUAAAAAUAAGGUAGGACCUCAAUUAGAAACAACACAAAUAACCACAACACAACAAGACGACGAACAACCUGUCAUUACAAUACACAAGACAGAGGAAACUUUUGACGACAAUACUACACCAUUCGGUGAUGUACUCGAAAUAUUUAAAGCUAAGGUAGUCGAGGAAGAACCUGAAGAAGUUAAAGUUGAUCAGGUUCAGACGGCAACUGGGGUGGUAAAGAAAGUUAAGACAGUCAAACGGGUGAUCAAGGAGCGACAAGUACCUAAACAAGAGGUCAUGGAGAUAGCAACGGGCGAGAAAGACGGCGAUGAACCAGUUACCAUAAUUUCGGUCACUGAAGAAGCUCCGUCUGAUAAAGAAGAAGCACCCAAAUCAGAACAGAUUAAAGAGCUUCCCGAGGAAACAACCAUAGAAGAACUUUCACAUGAAGAAGGUAAGCCAAUACAAAAGAAAAUAACUAGACGAUUGAUUAAAAAGAAGGUAGGUCCAAAUUUAGAAACAACACAUACAAUCACAACACAACAAGACGACGAAAAACCAGUCAUUACAAUACACAAAACAGAGGAAACAUUUGAAGAAAAUACUACACCAUUCGAUGACGUACUUGAAUUACACAAAGCUAAGGUAGUCGAGGAAGAACCUGAAGAAGUUAAAGUUGAUCAGGUGCAGACGGAAACUGGGGAGGUAAAGAAAGUUAAGACUGUCAAACAGGUGAUCAAAAAGCGACAAGGACCUAAGCGAGAGGUCACUGAGAUAACAACGGUCGAGAAAGAAGGCGAAGAACCAGUCACCACAGUUUCCGUCACUGAAGAAGCUCCGUCUGAUAAAGAAGAAGCACCCGAAAUAUUCCAGGCCUUAGAGCUUCCUGAGGAGACUUCCAUAGAAGAAAUCCCUAGUGAAGAAGGUAAGCCCAAACAGAAGAAAAUAACUAAGCGCGUUAUUAAAAAUAAGGUAGGAUCAAAGUUAGAAACAACACAAAUAAUCACAACACAACAAGACGACGAACAACCAGUCAUUACAAUACACAAAACAGAGGAAACAUUUGACGACAAUACUACACCAUUUGAUGACGAAUUCGAACUACAUAAAGCAAAGGUAGUCGAGGAAGAACCUAAAGAAGUAAAAGUUGAUCAGGUGCAGACGGAAACUGGGGAGGUAAUUAAAGGUAAGACUGUCAAACGGGUGAUCAAAAAGCGACAAGGACCUAAGCAAGAGAUCACGGAGAUAACAACAGUCGAUAAAGAGGGCGAAGAACCAGUCACCACAGUUUCGGUCACUGAAGAAGCUCCGUCUGAUAAGAAAGAAGAACCUAAAAUAGUUCAGGCUGUAAAGCUUCCCGAGGAGACUGUCAUAGAAGAAAUCCCUAGUGAAGAAGGUAAGCCCAAACAGAAGAAAAUAACUAAGCGCGUUAUUAAAAAGAAGGUAGGACCAAAAUUAGAAACAACCCAAAUAAUCACAACACAACAAAACGACGAACAACCAGUCAUUACGAUACACAAAAUAGAGGAAACAUUUGACGACAAUACUAUACCAUUCGAUGACAUACUCGAACUACAUAAAGCUAGGGUAGUCGAGGAUGAACCUGAAGAAGUUAAAGUUGAUCAGGUGCAGACGGUAACUGGGGAGUUAGAGAAAGUUAAGACUGUGAAACGGGUGAUUAAAAAGCGACAAGUACCUAAGCAAGAAGUUACGGAUAUCACAAGGGUCGAGAAAGAUGGCGAAGAAUUAGUCACCACAGUUUCGGUCACUGAAGAAGCUCCGUCUGAUAAGGAAGAAGCACCCGAAAAAGAACAGAUUAUAGAGCUUCCUGAGGAAGCAGCCAUAGAAGAACUUACACAAGAAGAAGGUAAGCCAAUACAAAAGAAAAUAGCUAAACGAUUGAUCAAAAAGAAGGUAGGACCAAAAUUAGACACAACACAACAAGACGACGAACAACCAGUCAUUACAAUACACAAAACAGAGAAAAUAUUUGACGACAUCACUUCACAUUUACAUGACAUACACGAACGAUAUAAAGCUAAGGUAGUCGAGGAAGAACCUGAAGAAGUUAAAGUUGAUCAGGUGCAGACUGAAACUAGGGAGAUAAAGAACUUUAAGACGGAGAGAACAACUGUCGAGGAAGAAGGCGAAGAACCAGUCACCACAGUUACGGUCACUGAAGAAGCUCCGUCUGAUAAGGAAGAAGCACCCGAAAAACAACGGAUUAUUGAGCUUCCAGAGGAAACAGUCAUAGAAGUACUUCCACGUGAAAAAGGUAAGCCGAUACUAAAGAAAGUAACUAAACGAGUGAUCACAAAGAAGGUAGGUCCAAAAUUAGAAACCACACAAGUAACCACAACUCAACAAGAUGACGAAAAACCAGUCAUUACAAUACACAAAACAGAGGAAACUUUUGACGACAUUAUAACACAAUUCGACGAUUUAGUUGAACCACAUACAGCUAAGGUAGUUAUGGAAGAACCUGAAGAAGUUAAAGUAGAAAAGGUGCUGACGGAAUCUGGGGAGAUUAAGAAUGUAAAGACAGUUAAACGGGUGAUCAGAAAGCGACAAGGACCUAUACAAGAAAUACCAGAGAUAGGAACGGUCGAGAAAGAAGAUGAAGAACCUAUCAUCACAGUUUCGGUCGUUGAAGAAGCUUUUUCUGAUAAAGAUCAAGCACCGGAAAAUGUUCAAACUGUAGAGCUUCCCGAGGAAACAACCAUAGAAGAACUGCCAUGCGAAGUAGGUAAGCUAUUUCAGAAGAAAAUUGCUAAACGAAUAAUCAAAAAGCAGGUAGGUCCUAAAUUAGAAACCAUACAAAUUUUCACAACACAACAAGACGACGAACAACCAGUUAUUACAAUACACAAAACAGAGAAAACAUUUGACGACAAUACUACAUCAUUCGAUGACGUA